GACUCCUCCCCCGCGAGUCUCACCUACCCGGCACCUAAGGCGACCCUUCUCCGCGCCGCCCGCCUGGCUGCUCCUCCUCCUCCCUCGGCGACGGGGCGUCUGAGGCGGCGCGAGCAGGCAGCCAGGCACUCGCGCGGGCAGCCCCUGAUCCGAGGCCGGGGUCCUCGUGGGGAAGCUGGGCUGCCGUACAGCAGCAUGGCGGCGCUGUGCCGAGCGAGCCCGCGCUUCCUGCGCAAGCCCGGGCUCUGCCGUACAGCGCGGGCCCUGUCUUCAGGUACGGGGAUCCCCCAUGGUCGGCGGGGGUCGCAGGCGGGCGGAGGCGGAGCAGGCGCCUCUGCAAAGCUGGGCUGGAGAGGAGAGGACCCUGGCAGGCAGGAAUCCAACCGGGGAAGCCUUCCCCAGCCUGGGGUCCCGCCUUUGCAUUCUCCCCUAUUGGGGGAGGCUUUGCCUGUUGAAUUCCUGCCUGCUACGCUACCGGUUUAAGCCACGACAGUAGGAGGCAGGGAAGAAAAAGAGCAGCCAGCAAUGGUCAUUAUUACGCUUAGAAAAUCUGUGCGAGCUUUAGUCUAUUUUAUUGUGGUCUUAACUUUCUGUGUGUUUUUAACUGGUCCUAAUUUUUUAAGGGAUACUUUUAUUACUUUAUCUUUUUUUGGGGGGUGGGGACCUGCUGUGUGUUUUUUUCUACACUGAAGCGGGGUGUGUGGGUGUGUGUGUGUGUGCAAAGGGCCCAAACCAAGUUCCUGGAAUGCUCCACCUGUUGAAUGCCUGCCUUGCCGAUUAUAGGCAGGGUGUUUCAGAGCACAUAUCUUAGAUGGGUGCCCUGCCUUGGCGCCUAAGUUAUCAAGAAAUUUGAAAUUACACACAAAAAUGGUGAGUGGGUAUCAAGAUGGUUAUUUACAUUUUUGGAUCUGCCAAUUCUCAGAUUAAUUUAGCAGUGCGAAGGGAAGAGUUUUAUUUGUUUGCCGAAGUAUUUCUGUACCACCAGAAAUACGAGUUAUCAAGGCAGUGUAUGGUGUUGAACCCUAAAACACCAUUUAAAAUAAAAAAUAAAAAUGCACAGGGGUGUACUGGCUGUUCAAAAAUAAAAAUUAAACUGCUACAAAGGCAUAAAAAGGUUUUUAAGAGACACUUGAAAGUCAAAGGCCAUUUAAGCCUCUGAUCUCAGUGACUGAGCUGGGAUAAAAGGUCUGAGGUGGUCCUUAAAGUAUGCUAGGCCCAAAUCCUUCAGGUUUUGUCAAGCAGGACAAUUAUAUCAACAAAGUACCCCUUUGUAAAUACAAAUAAUUGAUUUCUGUCAACAGUUGAUGGCCUGCCAUCUACAUAGACCUGCAAAUGAUAGGGUUCCCAGCUAUGAAAUAAAAUGCAAGAAUCCAGUGACAUCUUAAAAGACCAACCAGUGUUUUGUGCUCUGUACAGAAUAGGAUAUGUUGCAAUCGGUUUGUGUGCUUGCUUCCACAGCACUCCACGCCAAACCAUGGUUUAGUGUGAACAUGUGGGCUCCCGGUUUGUUCUGGGUUUUACAGGUUGUGGUUAGUCUGGAGAAAACUAAACCACAAACCUGGGUUUCAGUAACACAAAAGCCAGGUAAGCCUGUCGUAAGCUUCCCUGAGUGUAGCAGCAUCUGUAAUCUCUUUCCUGUCUUCACACUAAACCAUGGUUUGACUUGUGUGUGCAGAAAAGGCCUAUAUGCAAAUCUCCACAAGAGCUUUUCUCUUGUUGUAGUAGCUUAAAAUGUGUCAGCUAUGAAAUAAUUUUGGUACCUUCCUGGACGAUUACAUUCUUUCUCUGAAAGGUGUCUCUGUGAGGGGCCUUGUCACAAAUACUACCAUAUUUUCACUCACCUGCCCAUGUACCUUUCUUCUCUUACCUAAAAUCUACCAACUGUAAUUCGGCUCUUUGCUUGAUUACUUGGCUGUGAUUCGCACUCGCUCCAGCUGACUAGGCAAAGAGGUUGUUCCAAGCAUUACUGUUUACUUUAUCCGGGUGGCAAGGCCUAGUUCUUACCGCAGGGAUCAACUUGUUUCUGUCUUGUAGCUCUUCAAACUGCAGGUGUUCACUAACAUGACUAGAUGCACUAUUGCAAAUAAAUCUUCCUGCGUAGAUGUCAGGGAGAACUAUUGUAGACUUGCCUUUUACCUGAUACAAAAUCAUAGAAUUGUAGAGUCGGAAGGGACCCCAAGGGUCAUCUAGUCCAACCCUCUGCAAUGAAGGAAUCUCAGCUUGUUUAAAACACAACAGAUGUCCAUCCAACCUCUGCUUAGAAACAUCCAAGGAAGGAGAGUCCGCCAUUUCUUGUGGCAGUCUGUUCCACUGUCAAAUGGCUCUUACUAUGCUGUGCUUAUGGGGAAAUUUGUUGUUUUGGUUGGCGCAUUCAUAUAGAGUCAUACCUCGGGUUACAGACACUUCAGGUUGCGUUUUUUCGGGUUAUGGACCCGCCGAAACCCGGAAGUACCGGAAUGGGUUACUUCCGGGUUUCAGCGGUCGCGCAUGCGCAGAAGCGCUAAAUCAUGCUUUGUGCAUGCGCAGAUGCGCCGAAUUGCAACCCGUGCGUGCGCAGACAUGCCGCUGCGGGUUGCAAACGUGCCUCCCACAAGGAUCACAUUCGCAACCUGAACGUCCACUGCAAUUCACAACUUUAAUCUUUAAUCGAUCAAGUACAAAAGUAAUAAAACUGAGCAACAAUCAAGUUUAAAAAACCCGUUGUAUUCAGGAAAACUUUUUUGGGGGUGGGGGGAUUCCUUGAUGUGAGCACCCAUCCAGUCACUGCGGUGGUACAACAUUCAAAAUACAGUUAGACCCAUUUUUAAAAGAUCGUAGCAAUUUGAAUAUGGUAUUUAUCAACAUUGCUAAUUUUGGGGGGGAGGUCCUUCGAACCACAGCAGGAUCUGCUUCCGAGCUGACUCAACUGACUCACCCCAAAGGAUCUAGUUUGUUAAGGUUGCUGGGAACUAUAGCUCUGUGAGGGUGAACUACAGUUCCCAGCAUUCUUUGGGGAAAGCCAUAUGCGUUAAGUGUAAUGUGUGUACACAGCCUGAGUCUGUGUUUAUAGAGAUCAGCCUUGCAAGGGAAGAUUCUUUUGCACCCCCCCUGAAAUGCAGUAUAUUCUUUUGACUGCCAACUGUCUUAACCGAUUUUAAUCUUGCAUUUUUAUAUUUUUUUAAUCUUAUAUUUUUGCAUUGUUUUCACCUCCCCUGGGACCUUGCGGUGAAGGAUAGGUAAGAAAUCUAAUAGACGGUUAUUCUGAUAAUACUAAGUACAUAGGAACAGAGUUCAACCAUUGGUCUAUCCAACUCAGUAUUGUCUUAUACACUGACUGACUUCAGCUCUCCAGGGUCUCACCCAGCCCUACCUGAAGAUGCCGGGGAUUUGAACCCAGGACCUUCCGCAAUGUGAACCAGGUGCUCCACCACUAAGCUGCAGCCCUCCCCUAAAAUAAUAAUAAUACAGUGGUACCUCGGGUUACAUACCCUUCAGGUUAUAUGCGCUUCAGGUUACAGACUCCACUAACCCAGAAAUAGUACCUCGGGUUAAGAACUUUGCUUCAGGAUGAGAACAGAAAUCAUGUUCCGGCGGUGUGGCAACAGCAGGAGGCCCCAUUAGCUAAAGUGGUGCUUCAGGUUGAGAACAGUUAACCUGAGGUACCACUGUAAUAAUAAUAAUAAUAAUAAUAAUAAUAAUAAUAAUAAUUUUUAUUAUUUAUACCCUGCCCAUCUAGCUGGGUUUCCCCAGCCACUCUGGGCUGCUUCCAACAGAAUAUUAAAAUACAAUACAGUGGUACCGCGGGUUAAGAACUUAAUUCGUUCCGGAGGUCCGUUCUUAACCUGAAACUGUUCUUAACCUGAAGCACCACUUUAGCUAAUGAGGCCUCCCGCUGCCGCCGCACCGCCCGAGCGCAAUUUCUGUUCUCAUCCUGAAGCAAAGUUCUUAACCCGAGGUAUUAUUUCUGGGUUAGCAGAGUCUGUAACCUGAAGCGGCUGUAACCCGAGGUACCACUGUAAUCUAUUAAACAUUAAAAAGCUUCCCUAAACUAAAAUAGGAACUGCAAACAGAAUCACACCCUAAAUAAACACCUUGUUACUGAGCUGCCACACCCCAUAACCUAGGGAAUGUCCAACCUAUUAUCAAUCCGUCCUACUUACCUUUUUUUCUCUUCCCUCUUUUUGCCUGCCGGGAAGAUGCUAAAGGUGUGAGAGACAGGCAGUAGAGAAACCAGUCUGCUUUGGAAGCCAGGAGUGGAAGCAGCCGGCUGUCACAUCAGCUUGGGUUUGAUGGCCUGUAACGUUCCCUUCAUCCCUCUGAUUCUAUGAUAUUUGCUUUGUUGUUAUGCAAUCUGGCCAAUUCUGGGGGCCGUCUGAGGCGACUCGGGGAGGGCUGGCUGGGUUCAGAUACUGUCUGUGCUUCUCAGGAAAACUUCAGCAAUCUGAUGGUUGAUCGGGUUUCUUUUCGUUUUGUUUUUUUGGCUAUAUUUCAUUUCCUCCCUUGUACACCCAGCGAUGAUAAUGUGUCAGGCUUAAAAAUAAUCACUGCUUUGGUGUUUGUUUGUUUUUUGCACAACGGCCUGUCUGGCAACUAAACCUCAAGAAAAAAACAACCUUUUCCCUCUCAAACAAUUCCCAAGGCCUUCUGAAAGAGCGCAGACCACAAAGCUGUUUUCCCCCUUCCCUCAUAACCAUUUAGGUCACUGAGAUAUGUGACAGGGGGGGGUUGUCUCCCUCUCCCCGGCACAAAUAAACAGAUGGAAAUUUGGGGACACUUUUGACCCAGCUCCUGUCAUAAGAGUCUCCCUGUGUUUCAUGAUGACUUAUCAUCUGAGAAUGCAAUUAAAACAUGUAUUUUCUGCAUUGUUUUCCUAACUCGGCAUGCUCGAUUUGGAAAUUUCUAGAUUCUCAGUGCCAGGUUAUGAGAUGUCCUUGCUUAGAGCUGUUUUGUACUUUUCCUGCAUGCUCCUGCCUAGAAUGGGUGGGGAAAGCUGAGGUAAUAUUUUCUACUGUUGCAACAGCCUUGCAAGAGCACAAGCAGGCUCAUCGCAAAGAAAUUUCUGCGUGAUUCUCUCUGUUUCUGUCUGUCAUUCUGAAGCUCAGCAAAAAAAAAGAGGGGAGAGAGAUUUGUGACACGCUUCACAGCAUCUACAAUUUUACAGCUGAAAAUAGGAGCAUUCUUGGGGACGGGGACCCUCCAAAUACUGAUACCAUAGAUUACUGCGCUGAACAAUCCUUGUAAUAGUAAAUAAACCAUAAUUAAGCCAAGGGGGUGGUUCAGACAGUCGACUUUAACUAUGGUUAAACUAAACCAUGGUUAACUGUUAUAUGUGAACCAGGGCAUUCCUGAAAGUUCUAUUCCAGGUGUGUGAAACAUUGGGCCCUCCAGAUGUUGCAGAACUACAUCUCCCAUCAUCCCUGGCCAUUGGCCACGCUUGCUAUGGAUGCUGGGAGUUGUAGUUCGGCAACAUCUGAAGAACAAAAGGUUCCCAGCACCUGUUCAACUCCAUGUACCACAGGGCGAGCAACCUGUAACCACCCCCGCCAAGAUAAUAACAAUAAUAAUAUUUUUUUAUUUAUACCCCGCCCUUCCUGGUUCAGAAAACCGGGCUCAAGGUGGCUAACAACAAAUUUAAAACACAAUUGUGAUACAACAAAAAAACCAGCAUAAAAUACAAUAUAAAAGCGUGAAUAACAAUAAAUUCAAAGUUCAAAAAUCAAUUUAGGGGAAAAUCCAUCCAAUAAACAUUAGAUGAUCACAAGGGCUAGCUGGCUAAAUUAGUCCUAUUUGGGCCAGCGAGGAGACCAGGGGAGAAUUAGCUGUGGGAUCCCAGAGCGGGUAAUCUUCAUAAAAAAGGUAGGGGGAGGGAAGGAAGGGGAAUAAAAGAUCAGGCUAAAUUCAAAUUGAAAGUCAGGUGGAAUAGCUCUGUCUUACAGGCCCUGUGGAAGGAGGUUAAAUCCUGCAGGGCCCUGGUCUCAUGGGACAGAGCAUUCCACCAGGUCGGAGCCAUCACUGAGAAGGCCCUGGCCUUGGAGGAUAAUCUGACUUCCUUAGGGCCCAGGACCUCUAAUCUAUGAUUAUUCAUGGACCUUAAGGUCCUCUGCGGGGCAUACCAGGAGAGGCGGUCCCGUAAAUAUGAGGGCCCUAAGCUGUAUAACAAAAUAUACCAUCCAAAUAUCAGGCUGCGUCUUCAGAUACUUAGCAUUAUCUCUCCUGGAUUGUGCUAUAAAAAUAAAUGAAAAAAUCUCCCUUCCUUUCUCUCUUUCAGAGAAGCACGAGUAUGAUCUCCUAGUCGUCGGGGGUGGAUCUGGCGGCCUUGCUUGCGCGAAAGAAGGUAAUUCAUGGCAUCAUGCGCAGUUGUGAGGCGCCCUAACUUUGCUAGGGAUAAUUGUGAAAGGGGUCAAGAAUAAAACUCAACAUCAUAGCACCAUUCUAUAAAUCAAUGGAAUACGAAUACUGUGGGAGAGCAGGGGGUAGAGGAGGAAGACUCUGUGUAGACAAGGAAGAAUUAAAGGAGGAAGAAGGGGCUUACAAUCCACAUUAAGCACAAAGGGCUUGUCCACACUUCCACUUGUGGUCUGAACUGUUUUCCACUUGAACCAUACUUUUCUAGGCAUGGGUCAAAGCGGUUCUGCCUUUCCCCUUCCGCUUCCCCUGGAAAACCUGCUCUUUGGUUCUGAGAACCAAAUGACUAACCACAGAAAACCCGAUUGCUGUUUGUUCCGAUUGAGCUCCAAAGAUCAGGUUUUCCUGAGGGAAGGAGGCAGGGCAUACAGAGAUGUGGAUAGUCUAUCAGUGGCUAUUCACCACAAUUGCUAUGCUCUGUCUCCACUGUUGGGGGCACUAUGCCUCUAAAUAUUUGUUUUGCUAGGAAUUUCAGGUGGGCAGAGCACUGUGGCGCCCAGGUCCUCCUUUUGAGCUUCCCGUGGGCAUCUGGUUGGCCGUUUUGAGAACAAGGUGCUGGAUUUUGGCCCGAAUUAUUAGCAGGGCUCUCCUUGGGUUGAGUUAUCUCAACAUUAUCUCUGCCUGGCCUUUCGCCCAAAAGGGGUAAUGAAAUUCACCAUGCUGUAGCAAGGUCUGCAUCUGUAAAUCAUUAUUGCAAUGUGUUAGUUGGCAGCUCAUCUGAGGGUGAUCCUCCCAGUUGCUUUUGUUGCUCUAAAGGUAAAGGUACCCUUGACCAUUAGGUCCAGUCGUGGCCAACUGGGGUUGCAGCGCUCAUCUCGCUUUAUUGGCCGAGAGAGCCGGUGUACAGCUUCCAGGUCAUGUGGCCAUCUGGCGAACCAGAGCAGCGCACGGAAACACCAUUUAUCUUCCCGCCAGAGCGGUACCUAUUUAUCUACUUGCACUUUGAUGUGCUUUGGAACUGCUAGGUUGGCAGGAGCAGGGACCGAGCAACAGGAGCUCACCCCGUCGUGGGGAUUCAAACUGCUCACCUUCUGAUUGGCAAGUCCUAGGCUCUGUGGUUUAACCCACAGCGCCACCCGCGUCCUUUUGUUGCUCUCGCUCAGGGUUAUUAGCUAGUCUGUUUCUCCCAUAUGUUUUUGGACUCCCAACUGCAAUCAUCUCUGGCCAGCAUGACCAAUGGUCAGGAACAAUGGGAGUUGUGGUCCAGCAGAACUUAGAUCACCUUUCCUUUGUGGGGCUGCUUGUCCGGAUUGCCUUUAAUAGAGGGCUUGUGAUUCCCACUACCCUGACUGGCUUGGGGCUGGGGCGGCAGGUGUUGUCAGAUGAGGAAGAGGGGCAGGAAGACAUGGAUGGUGCCAUAGGCAAAGAGCAGCUUGAGAGGGAGGAUGGAGGCCCUUUGCCCCUCUGCCGCAUCCCAGAGGUUGCAAUUAAGAGUCAAGCAGCAGUGGUGUUUAAUGUAGAUCACAGGAGCCAAAGUGUUCCCUCCUGGUUUUGUUGGACCACAACUCCAAUCAUCCCUAACCAUUGGCUGUGCUGGCUGGGACUGAUGGAAAUUAUAGCCCAAAACAUCCAGAGAGUGAUUACCGUACUUUUCUGUGUAUAACACGCCCCCUUGUAUAACACCCCCCCUAUUUUGGGGACUCCAAAAUGGCCCAAAGUUGUUGCUUUUUGGGGGAGGAUUGAGAAGAGUUGUUGAGUUUGGGGGGGGGAUGCAGUAAAUCACUAGCCCGACGAUUGCAAUUGCUUGCACCGCUUGCUAACAAUCGCUCGCAUCUGCUACAAGCGUCUACCCAGUCACCAACAGCAGAAGUAAAUAGCAGCUCUUGACGCAGCAACCAAUCACACACCCAUUUCCCACAGCCAAUACAAAGCGACCCUUCGCCACAGCCGCCAAUCACACUUCAGUUCGCCAGUGACAAUCUGCAGCUCGCGGUUGCAACCAAUCACCCGUCACCCCUACUCACUACCCAUGUAUAAGACGCCCCCAGUUUUUAAACCUUGUUUUUGAGUAAAAAUAAACCCCUAGUCUUAUACACAGAAAACUACGGUACAUUGGCUACCUCUGGCCUGAUUUAUUGUGGAACAUCAUAAUGUGACAGCAAAGUUACUGUCAUUGAAAUUCAGAAUGAAAAUAAGGGAACAGCGUCUUGGCCAGCUCUUGGUUAUUUAAUUUAUUGUGUAUUACUGUAUUCUAAAUUUAAGUUAUUGUGUAUUCUAAUGGGCUAUUGGAUAUUACUUUAUUGUUCAUUUUAUAGCUGUGCUUCUUUGUAUUGGGUCAAAUUUUUAGGAUGUGUGUGACCUUCAUUGUAUUUUCUGUUUGUUUGUUUGUUUGUUUGUUUCUUCUGCUUAUAGACUGCCUUAUUCGUAGUAAUAUAGAAAGGCGGUAUACAAAUUAAAAGUGAGAAUGAAGUGAAAUGAAAUUGAAUGUGCUGUGAUUACAGUAAGGUGCGGUGGAUGUUGGGUACAGGCAGUGGCAAAACUACCAUAUUUUUCGCUCUAUAAGACACACCAGACCACAAGACGUGCCUAGUUUUUGGAGGAGGAAAACAAGAAAAAAAAUAUUCUGAAUCUCAGAAGCCAUAACAGCAAGAGGGAUCGCUGCGCAGUGAAAGCAGCAAUCCCUCUUGCUGUUCCGGCUUCUGGGAUAACUGCGCAGCCUGCAUUCGCUCCAUAAGACGCACACACAUUUCCCCUUACUUUUUAGGAGGCAAAAAGUGAGUCUUAUAGAGCAAAAAAUACAGUAACUCACCAAAGCAAACCCCCCCCCCAACAUUGGCACCCUAAUGUUGAUGCCUUACUCUUUCCUUUAAAAUAACUGUGCGAUUUCUUUUUAUUUCUGAAGCUUCCCAAUUUGGAAAGAAGGUAGCUGUGUUAGAUUAUGUGGAACCAUCUCCAAAAGGUAAGAAACAAUUUGGUCAUCAUCACCCUCAUGUAAUAUAUUGUUAUGGAUCUGCGGUUGCUAAAUGCUUGGGUUUAAUCAAUGUUUAGGAUUUAAUUCGAACUGGUACGUUAUGACUGGCAAUAGCCAGACUCCUGCGUAUUUAAGAGAGGGGUUAGCCGCUGUCAACCCCUUGGAAUUAGCAUAUGUGAAGAGCUAACCCAGGAAUGGCUUCAUGAGUUGUGCCUUGGACAUUGUAAUCCUAGCAAAAUCAACAAGUGUUAAUGGAGUCGGACAGACUUCUUUGUGAGGUGAACGGCCAGGGGGAGGAUAAACAAUUAGGGAGUUCAGAGCAUCAAAGGAUUAGGCAUUAACACAAUACAGGAUCAAAGGAAAUAGGCGUGAGAAUGCAGAUGUGAGGCCUCUUCCUGAGGUAGAAAUGGAAAGCUGGGAAGCUAUGGGGUCAGAAGGGAUGUAACCAGGAAGCAGAGAAAAGAACAGUAAAGCUAGGUUGUGCCCUGCAGCACAGGAUAGGCUGCAGAGAAAAGAUGGUGCUGGGUUUUUGUUGCUGCUGCUAUGAAAUAAGCUGUCACAUCUUGGGGUGCUGCUGCUACGAGCCCCUCCAUAAGUAAGCUCAUGUUCGGCGAAAGAUUCCAGCAUUGCAGGGGGUUGGACUAGAUGACCCUUGUGGUCCCUUCCAACUCUACAAUUUUAUGAUUUUAUAAAUGUGUAAAUAAGCCUUAUAUGAUCAAUAUACUAUAGCCGUCAUCGUGCCUCAUUGCCAAAGGUACGCCUACACCAACUGGAAUCUUGUGUAGCAGCUUCACGAAGAUUGGAGUGGCACAUAACAAUAUGAAUCAAAAUACAGAUUGGUUUUAGGAAGUUUUCACUGUUUUCAGAUGGUAUUGUAUUUGCUUUAAGUUGCAUUUCUCUUUGCCGCCCCGGGCUCCUUGGGGAGGAAAGGUGGAGCAUAAAUUCAAAUAAUAACAAUAUUUAUAUAUGUCGUUUUAAGGACAGGCUGGGGCACUGAACACAUGCGCCCGUUUGUUCUGUUUUUCUGCAGGAACCAAAUGGGGUCUUGGUGGAACCUGUGUGAAUGUUGGUUGCAUUCCUAAGAAGCUGAUGCACCAAGCAGCUCUUCUGGGAAGUUCUCUCAAAGACGCCCAGCGCUAUGGCUGGAAUGUAUCCUAUCCUGUGAACCAUGACUGGUAAAAUGAAUCCCAUUUAUCUCCUUUGCUGAAGGGACGGGGGAAUUUAUAGUUGUUUCUAAACUACGACUCCCAUCACCUCUGACCAGUGGCCUUGCCAGCUGGAAGUGGUGGAAUUUGGAGUCUUAACAACAUCUGGAGGCCCACAGAUUCCCCAUUCUUACUUUAUGGUGUUCCACAUAUAUGUGAUGGAGGGAACACCACAUUUCUUCUGGAAUAACUAAGAACUGUGGUCAUUUGUUCUGGGAUAACAAACCUGGACGCAAUCUGUCCAAUACACACAAUACUCUGCCCCGAUGCCUCGCAUCUUGUUCUGCAGAGGCCUGGAGUUCAUGGGGAUAGGAUGUGGGCAGCAGUCCUAGACUGACUUAAGCCACAUCUGCAUUGUACAUUUAAAACGCCGUAUUUUUCACUCUAUAGGACGCACUUUUUCCCCUCCAAAAAUGAAGGGGAAAUGUGUGUGUGUCCUAUGGAGCGAAUGCAGGCUUUCGCUGACUCGCUCUCCAGGCUUCAGGAAGCUAUCCGCAAGCCUUCAAAGUCCGCAGGGAGUUCCCGCCGAGCUCCGAAGGCCUGCGGAUUGCAGCCUGCAGCCCGAAGCCCGGGAAGCGCAGUGCUGAGCUCCCCGGGCUUCGGGCAGCUAUCCGCAGCGCUUGCCGCCACUCCCGGACCUGUUCUGGGGGCUGGGGUGGGGGAAGCUCGGGCUUCCCCCGCCCCAUCCGCGCGGCUAAAAACGAAGCCGCGCGUAGCCUCUCCCGGCUGGAGAGGUUGUGCGUGGCUAAAGAGGAAGCCAAGACAGCCAGCGGGAUGGAAAUAUAUUUUUUUUCUUUAUUUCCCUCCCCAAAAACAAGGUGCGCCCUAUGGUCCGGUGCGCCUAUAGAGCGAAAAAUAUGGUACCACCAUAUCGUUUUAAACAGGGCUUCCACAAAAGCAUCCUGGGAACUGUCAUUUCUUAAGGGCACUGAGGGUUGUUAGGAAACCCCUGUUCUCCUCACAGGGUUACAGUGCCUGAGUCCCCUGGUUUUUAAACUGCUCUGGGAAUUGUAGCUCUUCAGAGGAAAGUACAGUUCCUAGGAUUCUUUCGGGGGGAGUUUGUGACUGUCCAAGUAGUAUAAUAGUGCUUUAAAUGCAUGCUGCAGAUGUGGCCUGAAUUGAGCGAAAGCUCAUCAGGCAGAUGCAUCGGGCAAAUUCACAGCAGGAGGAGUCGAAUCAGAUCAAGUCAGUUGUAUGGAGAGAGAGGCCAGGAAAGUUGGGUUCAGGAGAAAGCAGCACAGGUUCAGCACCUUGGAAAGCUCCAGGUUCAGCACCACGGAAAGCUCCUAGUGGGUUUGUAGUGCAAGGCAGGGAAACCUCACGACUGGGGCUGAAUGUGGCCCUCCGGGAGUUUCUGUCUGGCCCUCAAAUAGAGCUACGCCCCUCGCUGGCUGUACUUAUCAUCCAAUGAGAAAGCGCUGCAUGGACAGAGGCUUGGUGGUAUUCUCCAUCUGGGACCCACACUUGUGCCUUCAGGGCAAACGGACUCGGAUAUUUGCAUGGAAAUUCCAGGUUCUUCUCCUGCUCUGUUCCCAGCUUGGCGUCCUUGCCCAGAAGAGUGCCUUUAUUUAUGGUCUUGAUUUGCAAUCAUUCCCUAAGUAAUAGCUCACAGCGCUUGCAGAUAAAUCAAACUGAAAGCCGGUUACUGUGCAGCGUGGUAAAAUAAACAGCAGGAUUCUAACGCCGCCUUGUAUUAUCCAGAGCGCUAAAGAAUUCGGCUGGAGCUUCGGAAGGGAAGGAGGGGGAAUGGAACUAGGGGAGGCACGGAAAUCAGCAGUGGGGUGGUGGGGAAGCUCCGGGUUCAGUUUCUGAAAAGACAGUGGAGGCUGGUGCCAACUAGGACCAGUGCGGCAGGAAGGAGAGAAAGUCCAGCACAAGAUGGAGACAGGGACAGGUGGAGACAGUGCUAUGAUGGACAGAGCCCACUAAUUCUGGUUUUGCUUCCCGCCUGCUCCCUGUUGAGUUCUACAAAGGCAGUACUGACACUUAGGAGGAGGAAGAGUGGCCAGUGCCACUCGCUGGACUGCUUGUAAAUCAAGGGGCCCUACUGCUUCUGACAUUGUUAGGGAGGGACCAGGCUUUUUUUUUUUUAAAAAAAAUACUUUUUAUUGAUUUUUUCACAAGCAUAACAAACUUAAAUAAAGCAUAACAAAAUUAAAUAAAACUUAACUUUUACAAUCAACCUUUUUCAUCUUCUUAUUUACCUUGCACAGUUUUGCACCCGGACUUCCCUGCUUCGGUUUUCCCACCUUACAUCCACUAUUGCAGUUUCUUAAUUACAUUCUAUAUACAUCACUAGAUUUAUGUCAGCCCUGCCACAGUUUUUAAACUUCUGCAGUUGUUUCGUAUGUGCCCAAAAGUGGAAAUCCCAAGAGUUACCAACCCUAAUGGAGUGGCAGACGAAAUUAUUCGACUAUGUAGAAUUGGCAAAAAUAAGUUAUAAAAUUAGAGACCAAAAAGUGACAAAGUUUGAGGAAGAGUGGAGGGAGGGACCAGGAUUUGGAUGGAGAAGGUCUCGUGUCUAUUAUCAGGUGGAUCAGGUACAAAGGAUGGGAAAGACCCUUCUGGCUAAGGCCCUGGGGAACUGCCAGUAAGAUGCUAGCUGAGAGGGACAAAAAGUAUAAUGCAACCUCAUAUGGAAACAUGGAAACUGACCCUUGUGGCAAGGGCCACGUGAUAUUAGUGUUGCACUUGCUCUCUGAAACUCCCUGCCCAUUGAUAUUAAGGAAAGCGUCUUGGUGGAAUGAUUUUUCGGCACUGGCUAAAAAGCUUUUUUGUUUAGGCAAGGCUACCCAGCCGUGCAAUUACGACAUGCAAUUUUAACAAGUACAGUGGUACCUCAGGUUACAGACACUUCAGGUUACAGACUAACCCAGAAAUAGUACCUUAGGUUAAGAACUUUACCUCAGGAUAAGAUCAGAAAUCGCGUGGUGGCAGGCGAGGCGGCAGCGGGAGGCCCCAUUAGCUAAAGUGGUACCUCAGGUUAAGAACGGUUUCAGGUUAAGAACGGACCUCCGGAACGAAUUAAGUUCUUAACCUGAGUUACCACUGUAGGUUUAUUAUGUGUAUUCCUUUUUAGAACUGCUGGUUUUAUUUGUACUUUGAUAAAUUUGUAUGCCAAUUUGUUUUUAGUGUAUUAAUUUUAUGAGUUUUUAAAUGAAUGUUUUAGAUGGUUUUAUGUAAAGUGCAUGGUUGUUGUUGUUUUUUAAAAAAAAACCAAUUAAGCGAUAGAUAAAUCUAUUCAAAUAAAAAAUAAAUAAGCAGCAUAUAUUCCUGGGCCAGCUGGACACUCUGCUGGGUGGUCCAGGAGGGGACUGUGGUUUGGUUCUUGCACGCGCGGCGUCAUGUAACUUGCCCAUGACUGCAAGUGGCACUUUUGCGCAUAUUGUGGCCUCCACAUUGCCUUUUCCACAAGUGGUUAUGGGAAACUGCAGCCUCAUACCUGGUGUUGCUUGGAAAUCAAACAAAAGUCAGUGCCAUUUUGAGAUCUUCAUUCAAAAUGGCAUCAAAACAUAGACAAAAACCAUCAUGCCAAAUUUGCUUAUGAUUUGCUUAAGAGAUGUCUGGAUACAUAGAGAACAGACAGGUGAACGUCUUCUACAAAAUAUCUUGCAGAUAUGCCUCUUUCUCUCAUUAUUCUCUUAAAACAAGGGAUAGUUCAGUGGGCAAAGCCUGAGACUCUUAAUCUCGUGGGUUCGAGCCCCAUGUUGGGUGAAAGAUUCCUACAGUCCUAGAUGAUCCUCGUGUUCCAGCUCUAGUAUUCUGUGAUUCUUCGUCUCCUGUUUUGUUUUAAAUCAAAUAUAACAUUCCUAUUCUUCUUUCUUCCCAGGUCGUCAAUGUCAAAAGCUGUUCAAAACUAUGUCAAAUCCUUGAACUGGGGCCACAGGGUACAGCUGCAGGAUAAGUAAAUGCAAUUCUUCUUUCUCACACGGUCAAACGGUUUUUACUUAAUAAGUAUCAACCAUUGUGUUACCAAUAGACGUAAUUAGGUCAGGACGUGCACCAGAUCCAGCUGAAUCCCAGAUCAAGGCAAUUUGGAUCUACCGAGGAAUCGGCUGGAUCAGGUUGAGGAUCGUGCUACAAAUAGGGUAGCAUUGAAGCUACUGUUUUCUUUUUUCAUUAUAAUAGGAAAGUGAAAUACCUAAACUUGAAAGGGAGUUUUGUGGAUCCACACACAAUUCGUGGGCUGAUGAAAGGCAAAGAGGUAAGUUGCUUGGCUAUAUUUCCUUUGUUUUUAAAUAAAAUGAAAAUAAAAUAAAAUGUAGUUUUAAUAGUUUUGCAAAUACAGUAAAGGAUCCUUUUGAAUAGUGUACACAUGCUCGGGCUUGAUGGCAGCUCUUUCCUUUAAACUCUCCUUUCUGAUUUAUUUUCAUUUUUUAUCCCCAGACAUUGCUCACAGCAGAAAACAUAGUCCUUGCCACGGGGGGAAGGCCUAAAUAUCCCACAAACGUAAGUUUUUUUGCAUUAAUCUAACCCUGGCUGGUGUCAACCAUGGUUAGCGGCGGUACAGCUGUCAAACCACAGUGAAGGGAGCGGGAGAUUUGCAACAAGGAGGGGAGAGAAAGCGAUCACACCUAUACCCAGCCAUGGAUCCUGAUUUGCAAGCUACGGCAGUGGUGGUAAACACUCUCAGCCCAAGGGCCACGUGGUCUUCUGGGCAACCUUGUGAGGGCCACAUUCCGGUGGUAAAGGUAAAGGGACCACUGACCAUUAGGUCCAGUCGUGACCGACUCUGGGGUUGCUGCGCUCAUCUCGCUUUAUUGACCGAGGGAGCCGGCGUACAGCUUCCAGGUCAUGUGGCCAGCAUGACAAAGCCACUUCUGGCGAGCCAGAGCAGCACACGGAAAUGCCGUUUACCUUCCCGCUGGAGUGGUACCUAUUUAUCUACUUGCACUUGGCGUGCUUUCAAACUGCUAGGUUGGCAGGAGCUGGGACCGAGCAACAGGAGCUCACCCCGUUGCGGGGAUUCGAGCCGCCGACCUUCUGAUCAUCAAGCCCUAGGCUCUGUGGUUUAACCCUCAGCGCCACCCACGUCCCUACAUUCCGGUGAUAGGCAGGGGCAAAUUAUGGCAGUGUGCCUCUCGGCACCAGUUUCCAGGAAUCGGGGAUGGAAAACACCCAGGAGCUGCUGAAGAGAUUCCUUUAGGCAUUUGUUUGGCCACUGUAAGAGCAGGACAUUGGGCUAGAUGGGCCUUUGGCCUGAUGCGGCAGGUUUGCUCUUGUCUGCUUAUGAUGGUUUCACCUUUCUUUUGUUCUUUCUCCUAGAUCGCAGGAGCACGGGAGUAUGGGAUUACGAGUGACGAUCUCUUCUGGCUGAAAAGGUCUCCUGGGAAAACGUAAGUGUCGCAGAUCGAGGUCUCCCACGUGAGCGAUAACAUUUAUUCCCCAGAGCAUGGGACGUUUGCGGUGGUUUCUUGCCUUGAAUAUCCCAGGGGCAAGAAGGAACGUACAGUGGUACCUUGGUUCUCAAACUUAAUCUCUUCCGGGAGUCUGGUAGACUUCCGAAACUGUUCGAAAACCAAGGCGCGGCUUCUGAUUGGCUGCAGGAGCUUCCUGGACUCAAGCAGAAGUUGUUCGGCUUCCGAAAAAGUCUGCAAACCGGAACACUUACUUCCGGGUUUGUGGCAUUUGUUCGUCAACUAAGCCAUUCAAGAACCAAGGUACCACUGUACAGUGGACCCUCUAGUUACGUACCGCUCUGGAUAUGUAACUUUCGGGUUACAAACACGGCAAACCUGGAAGUGUAUACUUCUGGGUUUCGUUGCAUGCGCAGAUGCGCUCUGUGUGCCGUGCGCAUGCGCAGAAGCGGUGCCUCUGCCUAUGGACUUUUCGGGUUGUGGACACCUCCGGAAUCAAUUUAAUUUGUAUCCGGAGGGUCCACUGUAUAACGUUUUGCUGGCUCAGUCUGCUGGGGCACUUGCUUGUCUAUGUCAGGAUAUUAGUAAGGGGAUAGAUUCAGAAAAAGUGUGCGAGAAAACUCCAUUUCCUUCCUCAUCAGCAAAGCUUAAAGAUAAUUCUUUUAGAUUGGUUCAUGUGUGAUAUCUGACUCUGAGAUGAAUAUUUCAGUGCCACCCCAAAUUUUGGGAGGAUGGGAGACUAGGUCCAUGUUGCCAUAUGCAGUGGACAUACGUGGUAGACAGUGAUUGAAGAGUUUUAGAAGAAGUGCCAAUAAAGAUGCUUUAUCAGAGUUUAUCAGUUUCCUUUUCUGUUAGGGCGGAAGCCCAAAAUUGGAAACCGGUAACAGCUAAUUUGACGGAGGAGCGGUAUUUUCAGGGUGGUAGCUGUAGCUAUUAAUGGGAAAACCUGUUAGUUGAGAGAACGUCAACAUCCAAGGAGAAUAUAUAUAGAGAGAGAGAAAAAGAGAGAGAGAGAGAGUGAAAUGGUUCUGUUUUAUUAAAUACGUUUUGGUCAAAUGGCAUGAUUGAGUGAACCAGUGUGCUACAACAGUUAAGGGUGUCAGGCUAGGAUUUGGGAGACCAGAGUUCAAAUCCUCCCACUCUGACAUGAAGCUCAUUGGGUGACCUUGAGCCAGGCACGGCCUCUCAGGCUAACUUACCUCACAGGGCUGUUAUGGGGAUAAAAUGGGGAGGGGAGAACCACGUACACGACCUUGAGCUCCUGGGAGAGAAAAAAGGUGGGAUAUUGAUGCAGUAGUUAAACUCAGAACGUGAGUUAACAGAGGCCAUAUAAGAACGGUGACUUCUAGACUGUAAAGCCCCACUGUAGAUUUCAAUCAGUGUUGAUGGUGUGCAAUAAGCAGAAGGGACGACGAUAAAUAUCUUAAGCGAGUCAUACAUUCCCCGUUUUCUUGAUUUCUCUUUUGCUGGUCGCUUGCCACAAGAGGGCAGCAAGUGCUUUAAGAUGCAGACACGAUCACCUAUUUUGGUUUAUGUAAUUCUAGAGUCUCUUCUCCAUGCAUCUGUUGUGUCUUCUAUCGGAGUUGGCGGCAGAGGAGGAGGGGAAGAAUACAAUUUGCUUUGUUGCGAACAUUGAUAACCUGGCAGAGUUCAAAGGGCUUGAAAACCGCUGAAAUUUGAAGCGCAGGGUGGUGGUGGUAGAAGGAAUUAUCGUUAUCAGUGCUUUUUUCCUGGGGGGACCCCUAAACAUUUUGUGAAUCUUUGUACAGUCGUACCCUGGUUUUCGAACAGCCUAGUUCUCGAACGUUUUGGCUCCUGAACAAUCAAAACCCGGAAGUGAGUGUUCUGGUUUUCGAACGUUCUUUCGGAAGCCGAACGUCUGACAUGGCUUCCGAUUGGCUUCCUGCAGCCAAUCGGAAGCCGUGCUUUGGUUUUUGAACGUUUUGAAAGUUGAACAGACUUCUGGAACGGAUUCCGUUCGACUUCCGAGGUACGACUGUACUUUUAUCCAUUUGCUGUAUUUAUUUUCCCCGAUUUGAACUAUUUUGUUGUUGUUGUUGCUUAGUCGUUUAGUCGUGUCCGACUCUUCAUGACCAGAGCAUGCAAGGCACUCCUGUCUUCCACUGCCUCCCGCAGUUUAGUCAAACUCAUGCUGGUAGCUUCGGGAACACCAUCCAACCAUCUCGUCCUCUGUCGUCCCCUUCUCCUUGUGCCCUCCAUCUUUCCCAACAUCAGGGCCUUUUCCAGGGAGUCUUCUCUUCUCGUGAGGUGGCCAAAGUAUUGGAGCCUCAGCUUCAGGAUCUGUCCUUCCAGUGAGAGCUCAGGGCUGAUUUCCUUCAGAAUGGAUAGGUUUGAUCUUCUUGCAGUCCAUGGGACUCUCAAGAGUCUCCUCCAGCACCAUAAUUCAAAAGCAUCAAUUCUUUGGCGAUCAGCCUUCUUUAUGGUCUUUAUGAUUUGAACUAUAAAAUGGUGAUUUUCUUGAGUCAAAAUGAGAGUACCCCUAAACAUUUUUUUGGGGGGGGAAGCACUGAUCCUUAUCCUAGAAUUGUAGAGUUGGAAAGGGACCCUGAAGACCAUCUAGAGUUCAGCCUUGUGCAAUGCAAGAACCGGCAGCUGUCCCAUAUGGGGAUCAAACCUGCAACCUUUGCAUGACCAUUACCAUGCUGUAACCAACUGAGCUAUCCAGUUGGUUGGAUUCAGUUGAUUUCACCAGUGGCUGAUCAGACCUUAUUCUUUAUUCCAUUUUUAUCGUGCCUUUUCCUCCCGUGAGCUCAAGGUGGUAAACAUGGUUCUCUUUCUCCUUACUUAACUCCCACAACAGCCCUGCUGUGCUCAGUCAGUGAGCCAGCGUGGUGUAGUGGUUAAGAGCAGUGGACUCGUAAUCUGGUGAACCGGGUUCGCUUCCCCGCUCCUCCACAUGCAGCUGCUGGGUGACCUUGGGCUGGUCACACUUCUCUGAAGUCUCUCAGCCUCACUCACCUCACCUGUUUGUUGUGAGGGAGGAAGGGAAAGGAGAUUGUUAGCCACUUUGAGACUCCUUAGGGUAGUGAUAAAGUGGGAUAUCAAAUCCAAACUCCUCAGUCACCUUUACUGGUUUCCAGUUGCUGUUAGUAUACAAAGCCCUCAAUAAGUUGGGACUCGAGAUAAGUUGCUCGCGAGAUUGUCUUACUCCAUAUAUCCCUACUUGACCGCUUCCAUCUGUGGAAUUGGCACUGUUACAAGUGCCAUGCCAAUACCUGUUCUAUAUUUGUUAGAAAACCUACCUUUCAGGGUGGCAGCACCUUGACUUUGGAACUCCUUCCUCUUGACAUCAGGCAGGUGCCUUUGCUGUGCUCUUUUUGGUGUCUGCAAAAAACAUUUCGGACAAGCCUCCCCAAAUAUGCAGAAUGCUGCUGUGUGUUUUAAUCUUUGUUUGUUUGUUUGUUUAUCACUGGUUUUGUUUUUGUUCUUUAAUUAAAUACAGUGGUGCCCCGCAAGACGAAUGCCUCGCAAGACGAAAAACUCGCUAGUCGAAAGGGUUUUGCGUUUUUUGAGUCGUUCCGCAAGACGAAUUUCCCUAUGGGCUUGCUUCGCAAGACGAAACGUCUUGCGAGUUCUUGCGAGUUUGUUUCCUUUUCUUAAAGCCGCUAAGCCGUUAAUAGCCGCUAAGCCGCUAAUAGCCGUGCUUCGCAAGAUGAAAAAACCGCAAGAGGAAGAGACUCGCGGAACGGAUUAAUUUCGUCUUGCGAGGCACCACUGUAGUUGUUUUUAACUGUUUUUACUGAUCAUUUUAUUCUUUUUUUGUAAACCCCUUUUAGGUUUUUGGGGGUUGCCGUUUUUACAAUCAGUGAGCAUGUAAAUUUUACCCCCCCCCAAAAAAAAAUAUGAAAAGAAGGGACAUAGGCUAGCAGAGAUCCAUUGAUUUCGAUGGGUCUACUCAAAGUUGAACGUAAUUGGAUGCCACCUUUUUGCAUUGGUUCUGUUCAUCCUCGCCCAGGUAAACAGGGUGGUGGCCUUUUGAUAGUGCUGAAAGCGAGAUAAACUGAACCUGCAGUUGCUUGCAGUAUAUCAGUCACCUCUUGGAUUUUGGGAGCGUGAUUUAUGUGAGGAAAUUGUGUGUGUGUGUGUGUGUGUUUUAAAAAAAGAAGAAGCCAAAAAAAGCUAAACACGAGAUUUAUCCCUGUGAGAUAUUUCUCUGUAAAUGUGGCUUUUGUCCAGUGCAAGUUGUAACAGUGUAAUGCGGGAGUCCUGUGUUUAUACGUUGCAUUCCUAAGCUUUAGUCAAAAUAAGCCUUGAGGCCUACAGUAGCACUUCUGUACUUUAUCAGACUGUGUUACGGCAGAUGGAGAGCGAGAGCUAGUGCAUUCAGCAACAAUUUGUUUCUGUCAAACGAAUUUCCCGUAGAAAUGUUCCCAUGAUUCAGUUUAAUGCCUUGACAUUUGAAAACAAUAAUAAUCUCCCAACUUUGCUUUGCAUCUAUGUGCUCUGCCUCUGUUUUACCUCUGUGUGUGUGUGUGUGUGUGUGUGUGUGUGUGUGUAUAUAUAUAUAUAUAUAUAUAUAUAUAUAUAUAUAUAUAUAUACUAUAUAUGAGCUACACAGUCAGCAGCACAGGGGGGCCUUUGCCAAGCUGCCGCCUUCGAAUUUGUUUUUGUUGUUAUUUAAUAUAUUUAUAUACUCCCUUUCUCCCAAGUGGGGGUUCAAGGCAGCUUACAACAUCUAAAAAGAACAUUGUAAAAUACAGAGUGAUAAAAACAAACAAGUUAGUUUAGAGCACGAGACUCUUAAUCCCAAAGCUGUGGGUUCAAGCCCCAUGUUGGGCAAAAAGUUUCCUGCAUUUAAUUUUAAUAAUAAUAAUAAUAAUAAUUUGGAGUCCAGCGUACAGUUCUGGCCACCUUGCCUCAAAAGGGAUAUUGCAGAGUUGGAAGCGGGUGGCGCUGUGGGUUAAACCACAGAGCCUAGGACUUGCCGAUCAGAAGGUCUGCGGUUCGAAUCCCCGCGACGGGGUGAGCUCCUGUUGCUCAGUCCCUGCUCCUGCCAACCUAGCAGCUCAAAAGCAUGCCAGUGCAAGUAGAUAAAUAGGUACCGCUCCGGCGGGAAGGUAAACGGCGUUUCCGUGCGCUGCUCUAGUUCGCCAGAAGCGGCUUAGUCAUGCUGGCCACAUGACCCGGAAGCUGAACGCCGGCUCCCUCGGCCAAUAAAGCGAGAUGAGCGCCGCAACCCCAGAGUCGUCCACGACUGGACCUAAUGGUCAGGGGUCCCUUUACCUUUUAGAGUUGGAAGAGGUUCAGAAAAGGGCAGCCAAAAUGACCUGUGAGGAAGGGUAGCAUCAUUUGGGACUUUUUCAUUUAGAGAAAAAGUGAGUACCGUACUUUUCCGUGUAUAAGACUAGGUUUUUUUCUUUAAAAAUUAUGCUAAAAAGUUGGGGUCAUCUUAUACAUGGAUAGUGCAUAGGGUGGCCGUUUGUCAGUGGCUAUUGGGCGUGUUAUUGUUUGUUGCAUCCAGGGCUGGUGUUGAUUGGCUGACGCUGCAGCAUUUGGGCAGGCGAUUGGCAGCUUCUGCCGGCGAGCGGACAGACGAGAGGCAGAUUUUUUGCCGCGUGCGAAAAAAUUUCAGCAAUCCCCCCUAAAAAAAGCUCAAGAACCCUGUCCCCCCCCCCCCGUUUUCUUAAUUUUGAGUCCCCCAAAAUAGGGGGCGUCUUAUACAUGGGGUGUGUCUUAUACACGGAAAAAUACGGUAACAGGCGGCAAGAUAGAAUUUUGUAAAAUUAGUCAUGGUGCUCAGAAAGUGGGCAAAGAAAAUGUUCAUCUCCCUCACGCCUAACACUAGAACAAGUGGAACCGCUGGAGGAUUCAGGGAAGGGAAAAGGAACGACUUCUUCACAAAGCGCAUUGUUAAACUGCAGAACUCACUCCCACAAGAGGCAGUCCCAACUGGGAUGGCUUUAAAAAGAGGAUUAGACAAAUUCAUGAGGGGAAAGGCUACCAGUGACAACUACUGCUGCUAUUACUAUUAUUUAUUAAAGUUCUAUACCACCCCUUAUCUCAAGAUCACAGGGCAAUUUGCAAUACGAAAACAUAAAAAUGCAUAUUAUAACAACAAACAAAAACAGCAGCAACACCCCAACACAGUUUAAAAGGCUAUUGAUGGUUUAAUGAGCCAAAGGCCUGGUAGAAGAGGAAUGUUUCUGCCUGGCGCCUAAAGAUUGUGUGACAAAGGCUAUGCCCUGCGUCUAUGCCCAGCAGUGCGUCUGAAUACUGCAGGGGGUGGAAAGGGCUCUUGUGCCCAAAUCCUGCUUGCAUCUGGUUGGCUGCUGUGAGAACAGGAUGCUGGACUAGGUGGGCCAUUGGCCUGAUCCAGCAGGCUCUCUUUACAUGGAUAGAAAUUCCCACGUGCAAACAGGCACACCCUUAACAUUAAGUAGCGUUUGACGUUCGUGACUUGCGAGAGAACAGAAAAAGCGUCACGCUUCUUUGUUUUGAUUCGUUGACUGCCACCCCUGCUUGCGCCACUCACGAACCCUGCCUGCCCCUUUGCCAACCGCCCUUCCUGCACAGCUGACCAACCCCCUUCCUUUUACACCUCACAGACCCGCCCCUCGCAUGCCUCUUGGCUGUCACACAAACUGAAGCGUGACGACAGCCUUACGUUUUUAUGUAUAUAGGAAGAUAUGCUCUUAUAACAGGGGGGAAGAAACAUCAGCAGCAGAUGCUAACAGUAAAAGCAUUCUGUAGAUCCCGAUUUAAGAAUACAAAUGAACGUAGGCAAUCCGAACGUCCCAUUAGGUAUCCAAGAUUGGAUUUAGCUUUGCAUUCCGAUGUAGGAGGGACAGUGAGAACUUUCGCUCAAUGAAUCACAGAUGGUGGGUGUUUCUCCUCCCACCCUUCCUGGACCUUUACAACCACAAGGGCUCCCAGGAUCCCACUUUUCUUUCUCAUCUGUUAGCCCCUCACCCCCAGGAAUACCAUUUUAAGAGCGCCUGAACAUCCGCAAAGUGUCACGCUCUUGUCUGUCUCCAUUGUGGAAGCCAAAUCUCAGGUCUGACCCUCCUGAGCCCCAUCUAUUCUCAGAAGCCGAAUCGUGGUUUACGAAAGCCGGACAAUUGCAAGCCCGCCCUGUCUGUGCGGGAGCCGUAAGAUAAUAUCUCUAGGCGCAUUCCUGUCACUCCACCCCUCGUGGCGCGGCGGAGGGUGGGUGAUUCUCGUCGGGGCACCCACAGUAUUAUUUGAAGAGCCUGCCUUUUUUUGUUUCUUUCUGAGGUGGAAUUAUAUUAUUAGUACCUCUUGGGGAUUAGCUUUGACAUGGCUAUUAUCUGAUCUAGCGUUGCCUUAUCCUUUUGAAAGGGCCAAUGCGCAGGGCCACCCACACGUUAGUUUGCCUUGCUGAGGAGUUGCUGUCUUAAUGUACAAUAUUUGCACAUUCUUUCCAUCUCUACCUCUCUCCCCGAGUUAAAAUCUGCCUGCAGAUUAUCCCCAUUAAUUUCCCCCUCCUCCUCCCUUUAAGUUUUUCUCUUUCCUGCCGUCGGGCAGCCUUUUCGCAAACAGCUCAGUUUUUCAUAAGGAGCCCCUCCCACAUCACAACCAAAAAUCACUGUCUUCCCCUCCAUCAGUUUUUUUUUAAAUGGUUUUGUAGUGAAAGGGUUUGGAUUUUUUUCUGUUAUGAAGUGUGGGGAAACCUGGCCGGCAAACUGUUUUAUUUCCACUUUGAUUGAGGGGGCAGAAAGGAUUCUUGGGUAAAACAUCAACCUUCGUCUGAUUGGCCAGUUGGAUGAGUUGGUUAAGAAGGAACAUAGAAGAAAGAUAGGAAGCUGCGUUAUAUCGAGUCAGACCAUUGUAAGAGACCAAAUGUGCCUGGUAUCACGUUAUGCACACACAUACAGUGGUACCUUGGGUUAAGAACUUAAUUCGUUCCGGAGGUCCAUUCUUAACCUGAAACUGUUCUUAACCUGAGUUACCACUUUAGCUAAUGGGGCCUCCUGCUGCUGCCGUGCCGCGAUUUCUGUUCUCAUGCUGAAGCAAAGUUCUUAACCCGAGGUACUAUUUCUGGGUUCGUGGAAUCUGUGACCUGAAGCAUCUGUAACCUGAAGCACCUGUAACCCGAGGUACCACUGUAUUGAAAAGGAACAAAAAACUGCCUCCACCCUAUCCUGCUUUCUGCCCUGGCCAGUCCAAACUGACAUGGCUUGCAAUGUGUUGGAGUACAUCUGCCAAUCCGCUCCUGCCCAGAAUUGCUCUGCCCUCCCUGUGGAAAUCUGAUACAGUUUGACAGUGUAGUUCUCUAUCUCUGUCCUUGGACCAAGUCCCAUUAAGUUCCGUGGCCCUUUCAUCCCAGUUCAGUGUCUGUAAUGUUGCACCCAUGAUUGUCUAAUGGUUUUAAUAAUCAACUUAGGUAAAGGUAAAGGGACCCCUGACCAUUAGGUCUAGUCGUGACUGACUCUGGGGUUGCGGCGCUCAUCUUGCAUUAUUGGCUGAGGGAGCCGGCGUACAGCUUCCGGGUCAUGUGGCCAGCAUGACUAAGCCGCUUCUGGCGAACCAGAGCAGCACAUGGAAACGGCGUUUACCUUCCCGCCGGAGCGGUACCUAUUUAUCUACUUGCACUUUGACAUGCUUUCGAACUGCUAGGUUGGCAGGAGCAGGGACCGAGCAACGGGAGCUCACCCCAUUGCAGGGAUUCGAACCGCCAACCUUCUGAUUGGCAAGUCCAAGGCUCUGUGGUUUAACCCACAGCGCCACCCGCGUCCCACAAAUAAUCAACUUAAGACUCCUUUAAUUGUCUGCAAGCUAAACAAGCUAUAGCUUAGGGCCCCACUCUCUUGGGGGCCCCAAAAAAUUUUAAAGGAAAAAAACAACUGGAUGUACAUUUCCAAAAUAUAAGAUAAAAAACAAAUACAAUAAAACCUACAUACAGCAAAAGUGUUUUGUGUUGUGUUGGCUCCUAUGAUAUAAGCAGUGGGCCCCGCCUGCUAGCCAGCUCCCUAAAAUAUCACUGGUUUGCUAAUUUCUAUAUAUAGGGUGCCUACAUUCUGCAUAGACUUUGCAUUCUGCAUGGACGUUUCAACAAUUACUUUGAUAAAAUACAUAUUUUGUUAUGUGCAAAUGGCUUUAGAUACCUAUUAGGUCCAUAAAUUACCAUAUAGCAUAUAUUCAACACAAAAAACAGCGGCAAUUUGUUGUUGACAAAGGACAGCUGGACAUAUAAGGGGCCCCAUUACCUUCAGCAGCUUAGGGCCUCGUCAUACCUUAAUCCGGCCCUGAUCGGGUGACAUCUUAGCAAGGGUUAAUGUACAGGUAGAUCUUAACCCUUGUCUCACACAGAAGGAAGUGGACCCUCCCAAUGCUCACCUGGGCGUUUGCUUUCUGGGAUUUCUUUUGAACCCACGUUGCUGAGAAAUCUCGUCUGAAUCACUUUCUCACAUAGAACGUCAGUGCUGUUGAUGGCCUAUUGCAAAAUACAACAACAGAAAUCUUCGCCAGUCUGAAGGGGCUGUAGGCGUGCUUAGGAUUGCAGCCUGGCUGUGCCUAUCUGUGCAUAUUUACUCAGAAGCUAGUCCCACUGUGUUCCAUGCAGCUUACUUCUCACGAAGUGCUUUUUUGGGUUUGCAGCCUCAACGUUUUUCAAUCACUGGAGGUGCCUUGGGAGCGUCAUGUAAUUUCUAGCUGUUUUAACUUUUCAAAAUGGGCACUCCAGUUAAGCUCUGUGUAUAUUUUGUUUUUGAAAAGCUGUUUUUUCUCUAUCCCUGUCCACCUGUGAAACCUGACACAUGUCAAGGACCGCGUCUUUCUGUGCAAUUUACCUGUUAUCGUGCCGCACUGUGCUCCAGAAAAUAAUUUGUUUUGUCUACAGCAAUAUUCCCCAUCUCAUUCCUCUUCUCUUUUCUUCCCCCGCUUCGCAUUGAACAGGUUGGUUGUCGGAGCCAGCUGUAUCUUUUGUAAACGCUGUAACAAUUUAUUAUAUCACGUGACCGAUUUACAUUUCCUGUGAAGGUUCAAUAGUCUCAAGUGUUGAAAUCCAUGGUUAAAACAAAUCCAUGGUUUAAUUGUCAUGGGGGGCCCUUAGCAGCCAGCAACCAUGGUCUGGUUAACCACUUUUAUCUUAUUCACUGAGUUUGUUCCAUGGCAGAUCACCACACCUUUACAACAUUUGUGCUACUAACUCUCAAACUUUGGAGUUGUUGAACUAUAGACAACAAAUUAGGUCUACUAGACCCAACAUUUUAAAUCCAUGGAGGCUAAAGUUUUUCCUGGGGCUCCUCCAGGAUUAGGGACACUGAAACAUAAUGUUCAUUACUUUCAUAGCCCCAGUCCCCAUCAGCUGUUGGGUGGUGAGUUCAACCCUGAUGAGUUAACUGUGCAACUGAGACUAGUGACUGGGAGUGGACACUGGGAUCAUAUAACCCUGGUCCUAAAGGAUCUACACUGGCUUCCAAUAUGUUUUCAAGCACAAUUCAAAGUGUUGGUGCUGACUUUUAAAGCCCUAAAUGGCCUUGGUCCUGUAUACCUGAAGGAGUGUCUCCACCCCAUCGUUCAGCCCGUACACUGAGGUCCAGCUCCAAGGGCCUUCAGGAGGUUCCCUCACUGCAAGAAGUGAGGUUUCAGGGAACCAGGCAGAGGGCCUUCUCGGUAGUGGCAUCCUCCCUGUGGAACGCCCUCCCACCAGAUGUCAAGGAAAUAAACAACUAUCAGACUUUUAGAAGACAUCUGAAGGCAGCCCUGUUCAGGGAAGUUUUUAGUGUUUGAUGUUUUAUUAUGUGUUGGAAGCUGCCCAGAGUGUCUGGGGAAACCCAGCCAGAUGGGCAAGGUAUAAAUAAUAAAAUUAUUAUUAUGAGUACAUACACCACGGCCACCUCUGCUCCACAGAAAGAAGCCUCGCCAGCCCUGUGCUUUGCCUGGCCCUUUGCCCUGCGGUUCUCAGACACCCAGCAACCAGCUGGAUGAUAGGUGCUUGAGAAGCAUCGCACUGGGUUGGACCAAAGGACAAAACAUGGCUGCCUUACGUCUUGCUGUUGCAGUUCUUGUCCAUUUGCCCUCUCAAAAUACUUGAGCUGUUUUCCUUGAGCCGCAACCCUCCAGAUGUUUCCCUCGAAUGUGCUGGCUUUCUCACUGGCCUCGGACUGAACGCAACAGUUAUGAUGAGGAGCAUCCCACUCCGAGGAUUUGACCAGGUAAGUUGUUUGCUGUUUUUUGGGCACCCUACUCUGGCUUCUCGGUUUUACUGGCAGGUGGUUCCCAAGCUCCUUCACUACUUUCUGCCCAAGUCUACACGGUGUGGGGCUUAGUUGUCAGAUAUCAGAAGAUGUCUCCUGCUCACAGUUCAUCAGGUAAAGGUAAAAAGGUCAAGGACCCCUGGAUGGUUAAGUCCAGUCAAAGGCGACUAUGGGGUUGCGGCGCUCAUCUCGCUUUCAGGCCGAGGGAACCGGCGUUUGUCCACAGACAGCUUUCCAGGUCAUGUGGCCAGCAUGAUUAAACUGCUUCUGGUGCAACGGAAUACAGUGACGGAAGCCAGAGUGCAUGAAAAUGCCGUUUACUUUCCUGCCGCAGCGGUACCUAUUUAUCUACUUGCACUGGUGUUCUUUCAAACUGCUAGGGUGGCAGGAGCUGGGACCGAGCAACAGGGGCUCACUCUGUUACGGGGAUUCGAACCGCCAACCUUCCAGUUGGCAAGCCCAAGAGGCUCUGUGGUUUAGACCACAGCGCCACCCGUGUCCCUAUUCACGGUUCAUCAAGCCCAGUGCUGUCACUCCGGACAGAUCACCAUCCUUAGGCAGCAAUCUUUCUCAAGGGCCCCCAGCAGACUCCCCACCCCUGAGCUCUUAAGAGCGUUAGGCGAGCCUUGCUGGGUGAAACCAAAGCCCACCUAGUCCAGCAUCCUGUUCUCACAGUGGCCAACCAGAUGUUCACAGGGAGCCUACAAGAAGGACCUGAACACAAGAGUGCUCUCCCCAGUUGUGAUUCUCACCAACUAGCAUUCAGAGGCAUGCUAUUUCCAAUGGUGGAGAUAAAACAUAGCUGCAGGACCUUUUUUUAAAAAAAGAAACUGGCUAUGCCAGACAUUAGACCUGAGACUUUUUGCCUGAAAACAAGGGUGAUGAACCUCUUUUUUCUAUGAAGGGCCAUUGACCCAUGCGAUAAAAUCAAUGCAGGAUUGCAACCAGCAGAGCCAAAAUCUAAACUGGGCAGAGUUUACAACAUUUCAGGAUUGUAUAGCUCUUCCCCUUCGCAUUUCCCAUCUCAUCCUUCCUUUUUUGUGCAACCCCAUCCAUCUUUCUCUCUCUCCCCUGCCCUUCUACAUUUGUGCCAUCCCAUCUUCAAGGACCACAAAAGUUGGGCAGGGGCCAUAUGCAACCCACAGUCCACAGUUUUCCCCACUAGGUCUGGGCGGUGUGUCAAUACAUCACCCAGGACUGCUUUGAGGGCCAGAGAGCGAUGGCUCCCAGAGCUAUAUUGCAGGUGAGACUUACCUAUGCCUUACCACCUCCCGCCGAGUGCUGGCAGUGGAGGGAGCUGCGGCGGUUUCACCCAGGCGGCUCGCGGGGCCAAUGGCCAAUGGCCUUCCUUUUCAACAUUGCCAUGUAUCACUAUAUUGUGAUGUUUAGCUGGUGAUACAUCGCUAUGCUGGAAAUCUGGUAUCGCCCAGCUCACUGAAAAAGCUCGGGCUUUAAUUCUGGAUUUGCUUGGUCUUUUCUGCUUUAGGGAAGUAGUGUUGAGUUGACUCAUGCCUCCUCAUUAAUUACCAUAUUUUUCGCUCCAUAAGACGCACUUUUUCCCUCCUAAAAAGUAAGGGGAAAUGUGUGUGCGUCUUAUGGAGCGAAUGCGGGUGGGAGGCUCUGCUCAGCACUUCCUUUAAAGAGCCGCGCGGAGCAUGUAUGCGGCUCUUGGGGGCUUUUCCACGAGGCGGGAGAAGGGACUGACGGGCUGACCUCUGUCCCUUCCCACACCUCCUGGAAAAGCCAGCAAGAGCCACUACCAGGCUCUGCUCCGCGCUCCCUUGUAAGGGUUCCUUUUCGUCCCUCAUCCUGCUUUGCUGGGAAGCCAGCAGAAGAGGUGCUGCGCAGCUAUCGCUCUUGCUCUGCUGGCUUCUCAGCGAAGCGGGAGGUGGGACGGAAGGGUUUAAAGCAAGAAAAGCGAGAGCCCCUUACAUGCUCUGCGCAGAAUAUUUUUUUUCUUGCUUUCCCCCUCUAAAAGCUAGCUGCGUCUUUUGGUCAGGUGCGUCUUAUGGAGCGAAAAAUAUGGUAGUUGAUCAGGAUUAGAUCCCUCUUUGGAAAGGAUAAAGGGUAGGGCUGCUGGAACUAGGCUGUGUUUCAGAUUGAGGUGGGGGGUCGGGUUCCUGCUGAGACGAAAUAGGUGUGGGGGCUCAAGUUGGCACAGGCUGAAAGGGAAACACAGGAGUGUCAAGUUUCAGAAGAGAACAAACAUCUUGCCCCCCACGUUUUUGGCCAGUUGCAACUGAGAGCAUGAGUGUAAAAUGUAUUUUUUAAAUUUAUUUUUAAAAAGCCAAACACCAGCACUUAAAUUCUCCUGUGUGGGCGUUUUGUGAUAUUUCCUUUACACGACUACCAGACUCAUCCUUUGACGGAUGACAGUUUUGACUUAUCGCCAUCAACAGCUGUGGCAUCUUUUUUGAACAAAGUUGUCAGUAGGAGCGCUUAGAGCCUGACAGCAGCAUGGCAUUGGUUCAAACAUUUGGAGAUGUCUUCUGCAAAGGCAUCUUUUCCAUCUGUAAAACGAGCCCUCCAGGAUACCUUAACGACUCGUCUAUAUUGACAAGGCAUCUGACAGGUGCCGUGGGGAGGGGGUAAAACCCUUUGUGUUCUCGGGGCUAGGUAUGAAGUACGGGGUUCAAACAACCUGUUUCCUUUGGGUGCGCAGGCACAGUUUGGGCACCGGGAACCAGCUUUCUGCUAAUCCCUCGUCUACACUGGGUUUUGGGGACAAACUCAACUCACUUCCUAUUUAAAAGUGAAGCUUCCAGAUUUGCACACUCCAGAACAAUUCGUGAAUCGAAACGCUUCCAUCUUUUGAAAUUCACACUUCUCUGAAUUUUGCAGUACACUUCUCCAGCCUUGCAAUGUGCGCAUUAUAUUGGGAUAACUUGUGCAUAGAUAUGCAUAUGUUUAUGAAGGUAACGUGCAAAAAUGCACUACGUCGGGAGAAAUUGCCUUACGAAAAUGUAUAUUGGGAGAAAAUUGCACUGGAAUCACAUUUGUGGAAUGCUUUUCCCCCAGGAAGACUCGCCUGGUGUCUUUGUUGUAUAUCUUUAGGCACUAGCCAAAAAUGUUUCUUUUUCACCAGGCCUUUGGCUGAUUAACAUUUUAUGUCCUUUUAAAUAUGCUUGUGGGAAGGGGGUUAUUGGUUUGUUGUUACUUUUGUUCUUGUUUUUAUUGUGUAUUUUGUGUUCUUGUUUUGUAUUUUUAUUUUGUGAACCGCUCUGUGAUCUUCAGAUUAAGGGUGGUAUACGAAUUUUAAUAAUAAUAAUAAUAAUAAUAAUAAUAAUAAUUUGCUGGUGAAUUUUCAUGAGGGAUUUAGAAAAAGCAAAUUGAUAACUAAAUUUAAGAUUGGGGAAAUGAGAAACUGAGAGAAACCAAAAUUGACAGAUUUAGCCAUUCCCACUGCCAGCCAAUAGGACUAUUAAUUUUUGUUGUGAGGCAGUAGUUGCUUAUUAUAUACCACAGGAAUGGAAACCGCUUUUCUGACUGAGGACCACAUUGCCUUCUGGCAACGUCCUUCAGGCCACAUGCCUUGUAGUAAGUAAAUGAUAUAUAAAAGUAAAAAUAAAAAAUGCAGUUUGUUUGUUCAUUUUUCUCAUCACCUUUGUAGCAAAUGGCUACUCUUGUGGCAGAUCACAUGGAAGGCCACGGGACGAGAUUCCUGAAGAAAUGUAGCCCAACGAAAGUGAAGAAGGCGGAGAACGGCCGGCUGCGCGUGACGUGGAAAUACCUCGAUUCUGGCAAAGAAAAGUCGGAUGAAUUUGACACGGUGAUGUGGGCAGUAGGUAAAAAGAAACGGUGUUUUGAAAUACCUCUGGCACUCCUUUUCCUUUUGUUCCCUCUCAUGGUUUUUUUUUUAAAAAAAUGCAGCACAGGAAAUUUUGGCGGAAGGGAAGCACAUGGGAAGAGAUAGGCAUGCAAGAGUGAUCGCAAAUACCUCUCAGUUCCGAACAAUGUUCUAUAUACGGAGGGUUGCAUCCAAUCUUCUCUGUUUGCUAGCACAAGGGUGAGAUUUACUAUUGUGUUGCAGAGGAACCCAAUGCAAAAAUUGCCCUAGCAGAAAUUGUGCUAUCUGUCACGCAAGGCAGGGCAACCUUCCACAUGCUCUGGCACUGAGCUAUAGCCCUUCCUCUACUAAGAAGCUGCCUUCUUUUUGAGUUAGAUGAUUGGAUCACCCAAUUGUUAACCUCAACUAGCAGUAGCUCUCUGAGAUUUCAGGCAGGGAGCCAUUCCCAAGCCUUCCCUGGCAAUUCCGGAGACUGAAGCUGGGAUUGUUCGCCUGCAGAAUGCAUGCUCUACCACUGAGAUAUGUGGCUUUUUUUCCUAUCUACUGUUGUUGUUGUCGUUUAGUCGUGUCCGACUCUUCGUGACCCCCUGGACCAGAGCACGCCAGGCACUCCUGUCUUCCACUGCCUUCCGCAGUUUGGUCAAACUCAUGUUACUAGCUUUGAGAACACUGUCCUCUGUCAUUCCCUUCUCCUUGUGCCGUCAGUCUUUCCCAGCAUCAGGAUCUUUGCCAGGGAGUCUUCUCUUCUCAUGAGGUGGCCAAAGUAUUGGAGCCUAAGCUUUAGGAUCUGUCCUUCCAGUGAGCAAUCAGGGCUGAUUUCCUUCAGAAUGGAUAGAUUUGAUCUUCUUGCAGUCCAUGGGACUCUCAAGAGUCUCUUCCAGCACCAUAAUUCAAAAGCAUAAAUUCUGCGGCGAUCAGCCUUCUUUAUGGUCCAGCUCUCACUUCCAUACAUCACUACUGGGAAAACCAUAGCUUUAACUAUGUACGGACCUUUGUUGGCAAGGUGAUGUCUCUGCUUUUUAAGAUGCUGUCUAGGUUUAUCAUCACUUUUCUCCCAAGAAGCAGUUGUCUUUUAAUUUCAUGGCUGCUGUCACCAUCUGCAGUGAUCAUGGAACCCAAGAAAGUAACAUCUCUUACUGCCUCCAUUUCUUCCCCUUCUAUUUGUCAGGAGGUGAUGGGACCAAUGGCCAUGAUCUUACUGUUUUUGAUGUUGAGCUUCAGACCAUAUUUUGCCCUCUCCUCUUUCACCCUCAUUAAGAGGCUCUUUAAUUCCUCCUCACUUUCUACCAUCAAAGUUGUGUCAUCUGCAUAUCUGAGGUUGUUGAUAUUUCUUCCGGCAAUCUUAAUUCCGGCUAGGGAUUCAUCCAGCCCAGCCCUAGGCCUGUUUUGCACACAACCAUGGAUUGACUUAUGUGUGCAAAACAGGCCUAUAUGCAAGUCUCCACAAGGGCUUUUCUCUUGCUGUAGUAGCUUAAAACGUGUCCGCUAUGAAAUAAUUGUGUUGCCUGGAUGGUACCUUCUUGCACAAUUACAUUCUUUCUCUGAAAACUGUCUCUGUGGGGGGCCUUGUCACAAAGUCCACCAGUGUUACCACAUCCUCACUCACCUGCCCAUCUACCUCUCUUCUGUUACCUAAAAUCUAUCAACUAAUUAGGCUGUUUGCUUGAUUCCCUGGCUGUGAUUCGCACUCGCUCCAGCUGACUAGGCAAAGAGGUUGUUCCAAGCAUUACUGUUUACUUUAUCCGGGUGGCAAGGCCUAGUUCUUACCAUAGGUAUCAACUUGUUGCUCUUCAAACUGCAGGUGUUUGUUUACAUGACUAGAUGCACGAUUACAAAUAAAUCUUCCUGCGUAGAUGUCAGGGAGAACUAUUGCAGACUUGCCUUUUUCCUGAGACAAAAUCAUAGAAUUGUAGAGUUGGAAGGGACCCCAAGGGUCAUCUAGUCCAACCCUCUGCAAUGCAGGAAUCUCAGCUUGAUCACACACGACAGAUGUCCAUCCAACCUCUGCUUAAAAGCAUCCAAGGAAGGAGAGUCUGGCACUUCUUGUGGGAGUCUGUUCCACUGUCAAAUGGCUCUUACUAUGCUAUGCUUAUGGGGAGAUUUGUUGUUUUGGUUGGCACAUUCAUAUAUAGUCAUACCUCGGGUUACAGACGCUUCAGGUUGUGUUUUUUUGGGUUACGGACCCGCCGAAACCCGGAAGUACCGGAAUGGGUUACUUCUGGGUUUCAGCGGACGCGCAUGCGCAGAAGCGCUAAAUCACGCUUUGCGCAUGCGCAGUCGCAAUGCAGGAAUAUGCAACUUUCCCAUAAGGGGAUCAGAUUUGCCACUCCUGGCAUUCCCAGCGCCAUGCUCUUAACCAGCUGAGCUAUUGCUACCUGCUUAUAGGUGAGAGUGGGGAGGAGAUUCCGGGGAGGGAGAGAAAUAACAAAGCCGGUUCGAAAGGUAUCUUUCCAUCUGCCUUGUCAAGGGGUGUCGCCUGACAGUUGUGAUGCAUAUCAAGAAAAGUUAAGGAAAGGUUUGUUCUGCAUAUCUGAGGGUGUUUCCCCUCUGCGCUCUUCCCCGAGCGGCUUAUCUGAUUUGCCUCAAACGCCUGGAAUGGCGCCAAGCCCAACGCUUGAUUUAGGAGCCGUAUGUCGAAGAAGACUCCAGGUGUACUUGGCGUAACAUUCAGCCGUGUUUGGAACUGCCGCUACGGAAGGGAAAGUGGCCAUGGAGCGCAAUUGUCGGGAUGUUUAGCAUACUUGCUUGGAAAAGGUGUAGCUCCCAAGAGCCACAGGGACAGGAGCCAAGACUGCCUACGUGGUCCUGUGCCUAUGGAAAAACAACACCUAGGUUGCCAGCAAGAGGUGCAUUGAGUUCCUGUGGGGUUACAUAGGUUGGGGUGUAAGGAGGCGGCAAUUUCCGUCCUGAUUUUCUUUUGCAUUUCCAUAUCGCCGCACUUCGGCUUCUGGGUUUGUUGAUAUCAUGGCUUAUUAAAGCAAGAUGCGGGUGGCGCUGUGGUCUAAACCACUGAGCCUCUUUGGCUUGCCGAUCAGAAGGUUGGCGGUUCGAAUCCGCGCAAUGGGGUGAGCUCCUGUUGCUCUGUCCCAGCUCCUGCCAACCUAGCAGUUCGAAAGCACGCCUGCGCAAGUAGAUAAAUAGGUACCACUGCAGCGGGAAGGUAAACGGCCUUUUCAUGUGCUCUGGCGUCCGUCACAGUGUCCAGUUGCGCCAGAAGUGGUUUAGUCCUGCUGGCCACAAGACCCGGAAAGCUGUCUGUGGACAAACACCGGCUCCCUUGGCCUGAAAGUGAAAUGAGUACCGCAACCCUAUAGUCGCCUUUGACUGGACUUAACUGUCCAGGGGUCCUUGUCCUUUUUUAAUAAGACGCAUUGCUGCCUCCAACCGCGAAGGCAGGGCAUAGCCGUCUUGGCUAGCAGUCAUCAAUAUUCCUCUUUGCCAUGAAUUUGCCCAAUCCUCUUUCAAAGCCAUCUAAACUUGGAGGCAAUCACUGCCUCCUGAAAGAGUGAGUUCUGCAGAUUAAUUCCAUCGGGCAUUAACUACCAGAGUUUUAGAAGACAUCUGAAGGCAGCCCUGUUUAGGGAAGUUUUUAACAUUUGAUGGAUUACUGAAUUUUAAUAUUUUGUUGGAAGCCGCUCAGAGUGGCUGGGGAAGCCCAGCCAGAUGGGUGGGGUAUAAAUAAUAAAUUAUUAUUAUUAUUAUUAUUAUUAUUACCUUUCCCUUUAAGAAUGCUGGAUGUGGGAGCAGAUAAGCCAAUGGCCUGAUCCAGCAACCUCUUUUUAUGACCCCCAAGUUAACCUUGCAAGGUGAGGAAGAGGAACCAUUCCAGGCAACGGUCAGCUCAGUUACGAGAUCAUCACGCCAGGCCAGUGUGGGGUCAAGAUCCAGAAACAGAAAUCUAGAUUAGAAAUUUUCCACCUGACUUUUUUAUUUUUAAAGCCUUUUAAGAGGCUUAUAUCAGGAAAACAGAAUAAAAGCAUUCUCUCCCUCCCUCUCUUCACUGGGAGAGGGAACACGGUUCCAACGUUUGAUGUGAACUUGAGAGUCUCCUCCGGGAUGGGAAAUGUGUUUGCGUUCCGAAAACAAGAGCUGAGCGGAGGAAAACACUUAAGGGCCUUUGAUGUGGAGGGAGGGAAAUUAUUAAACAAAAGGGAAGCCCGGCCCCUGCAUUGGAGAUCUGAUUAUAAAUAAACAUAUGAUUCACUGUAUUAUCCGCCUGCCUGAAAAGCCAGGGUCCUCCCCGCUCUACCAAUCCAAACAAUGCUGAAUCUGAACGGCUCUGAGGCGGGGAGGUUGGGAAGGCUCCAGCAGAUUCAUUUCAGCUGGCGAAACUGACACUUCCUCUGGGAUCGGCGAGUGGAGCUGUCGGCACUCAAGCUAUCUGUCUGCCUUCCUUCAGGCCUCCCUGUGGGACGCCGGAUCCCUGCCGUCCCUCUCUUGGCCCUCUGGUCCCCCAGCUCCGAUGCUAUCAGGCACCAAAAAUAAUAACAACGACAAUACUUUUAAAGAAAACACAACCGAGACCUUAUCUCGGGCUCGGAUGUGAAACAACUUCCUCCUGUUGUACUUCUUUUGUGCGCCGAGAAUAAAACGUCUGGGGAGGCCUGCAAGCCGGCAGCUUAAUGGGGGCUUUUCCAGUUUCCCCAUUUUCCGGCUCAGGCAGAGCUUAGAGGAACAAGUUAGCACGCAAUAUGCUAACUUUUAAGAGAGAGAGAGAAACAGAGAGAAGUGGGAGGGCAGAGAAGGAGAGAGAGAAACAGCCACACAAAUUUCUCAUCCCAGCACAUUAGGAAGGGGCGAAUCUGCCCAUUUUGAUUUCCACCAUUUUCUGUCAGGCCCGGGAAGUGGGCGAAUUAAAGCUUUCGUUUUAAUGCAGCACCUUGCAACCACAACUAGGGGUGGGAGAUACAGUGGUACCUCGGGUUAAGUACUUAAUUCGUUCCGGAGGUCCGUUCUUAACCUGAAACUGUUCUUAAUCUGAAGCACCACUUUAGCUAAUGGGGCCUCCUGCUGCCGCUGUGCCACCGGAGCACGAUUUCUGUUCUCAUCAUGAAGCAAAGUUCUUAACCCCAGGUACUAUUUCUGCGUUAGCGGAGUCUGUAACCUGAAGCAUAUGCAACCUGAAGCCUAUGUAACCCGAGGUACCACUGAACAGUCAGUUUAGGUUUCUCUCAGUUUCUCAUUUUUCCAAUCUUGAGCUGAGUUUUCCACAUCAGUCUGCAUUUUUUUUUAAGUCCUCAUGAAAAUUCACCAGCAUUUUAGUGUGAAUUUCUCCUGCUCUGCACAUUUUUGUAUCCGAUUUUUCCAAAUUCACAUUUUUAUUUUUAUUUUUGCAUACCAGUUUCUCCACAUACAAUGCGUUUGUGCAUGCCACUUUCACAAAUAUAUACCCAUUUCCAUGCACACUUUCCUCUUAAUGUUUCGGUAUUUGUACAGGUUAGCUGAAGGGAGGGUAGCGUUGCAAAAUUCAGAAAAGUGCAAAUUCGAAGGAUCGCUGUCUUCCAGUGUGCAAAUUGUUAGAGAAAGUGCAGAUUAGAUAAGUGUGCAUUUAAAGGGGAACUGAACUGACUCUCUCCCCCCUCCCUAAAACAGGCUGACAAUUUUUUUUUUAUGCUGUAACCAAAACAACAGCAGAGAUGAUCAAAUCUGCAGGGCAAUGUUUAAUUUCUCUCGGUUCCAAUCUCCUGACAUCUGAAUAUCUGGGCAUUAGCCUGGAGAAGAGGAGGUUAAGGGGUGAUAUGAUAGCCAUGUUCAAAUAUAUAAAAGGAUGUCACAUAGAGGAGGGAGAAAGGUUGUUUUCUGCUGCUCCAGAGAAGCGGACACGGAGCAAUGGAUCCAAACUACAAGAAAGAAGAUUCCACCUAAACAUUAGGAAGAACUUCCUGACAGUAAGAGCUGUUUGACAGUGGAAUUUGCUGCCAAGGAGUGUGGUGGAGUCUCCUUCUUUGGAGGUCUUUAAGCAGAGGCUUGACAACCAUAUGUCAGGAGUGCUCUGAUGGUGUUUCCUGCUUGGCAGGGGGUUGGACUCGAUGGCCCUUGUGGUCUCUUCCAACUCUAUGAUUCUAUGAUUCUAACGAAAAGUAAGAUAGUGAAAUGCAUUUGGCCGACCCAAAGCGAAACCUCAUCCUCUUUCCCCCGUGUGUCCCAUGCGGAAUCCUAAAAGCAGCGACGAAAAUGUUAAAACUUAACGUUGAAAUUUUAUUGGCUGGAAGCCAUGUCCAGCUCUGGUUUCCAAGCCGAAGGAUCUAUUCAAUACCCUCCAUUAAGAUCAAAUGGGCGAAAGUAUUUUGGUUUGGGAAAAUGCUUUAGUUGCGUCUAGAGGCUUAGCUAGCUCCACUUCCAAAUUUUGAAGCCCCCCCCCAAGGUGUUCUUAAUCUCCAGCUGUUUCUAGACUACCAUUCCCAUCAUCCCUGACCGCUGGCCCUGCUAGCUAGGGAUGAUGGGAGUUGUAGUCCAAAAACAGCUGGAGACCCAAGUUUGGGAAACAUUGGUGUAAAAAGAGGCCCUACUGGAUCUGGCCAUUGGCCCCUGUAGCCCAGCACCCUCUUCUAAUAAUAAUAAUACCUUUCCCUUUAGGUGCUGUGGGUUAAACCACAGAGCCUAGGACUUGCCGAUCAGAAGGUCGGCGGUUCGAAUCCCCGCGACGGGGUGAGCUCCCGUUGCUCGGUCCCUGCUCCUGCCAACCUAGCAGUUCGAAAGCACGUCAAAGUGCAAGUAGAUAAAUAGGUACCGCUCCGGCGGGAAGGUAAACGGCAUUUCCGUGCGCUGCUCUGGUUCGCCAGAAGGGGCUUAGUCAUGCUGGCAACAUGACCCGGAAGCUGUACGCCGGCUCCCUCGGCCAGUAAAGCGAGAUGAGCGCUGCAACCCCAGAGUCGGUCAUGACUGGACCUAAUGGUCAGGGGUCCCUUUACCUUUACCUUUUUAUUAUUUAUACCCCAGCCAUCUGGCUGGGUUUCCCCAGCCACUCUGGGCGGCUUCCACCAAAAUAUUAAUAUACAAUAAUUCAUCAAAUAUUAAAAGCUUCCCUAAACAGGGCUGCCUUCGGAUGUCUUCUAAAAGUCAGAUGUCUUCUAAAAGUCAUAGUGGCCAACCAGAUGCCCCAAUGGGAAGACAAGAUCUGAGCACAACAGCCGCGCUUUUCCUCCUUGCAAUUCCAGACACUGGCGUUCAGAGCCUAAUGCUGGCUUUCUUCAGAUGCCUAGACCCUUGAAAGCAGGAGGUGAAGGUGGCACACUGAACGCACCAAGUGGUAAAGGGUACUUAAGAAUGCAGGAAUCUGCCUGACAAAAGUCAAGAGGGUUGAUCCAAUACCAGGUCCAGUGUGGCCUACCCCAUCCGAGAUCCUAGACCAGGGCUGGUCCCUCCAGAUGCUUCUGAACUACAGUUCCCACCAGUCCCUCAGUAAACAGGGCCAAAUUGUAGAUGGGAGGCUGCUCCUCACAGAGCUAUGAUUCCCAGAGUUCCCUUUGAAGAGGGGUUGGCUGUUAGACCAUUCUGGGAACUGUAGCUCUGUGAGGUAAACAACAACUCUCAGCAUCCUUGACAGACCAUUUUGUUGUUGUUUAGUCAUUUAGUUGUGUCCAACUCUUCGUGACCCCAGGCACUCCUGUCUUCCACUGCCUCCCGCAGUUUGGUCAAACUCAUGUUACUAGCUUUGAGAACACUGUCCAACCAUCUCGUCCUCUGUUGUCCCCUUCUCCUUGUGCCCUCAAUCUUUCCCAACAUCAGGGUCUUUUCCAGGGAGUCUUCUCUUCUCAUGAGGUGGCCAAAGUAAUGGUGUCUCAGCUUCAGGGUCUGUCCUUCCAGUGAGCACUCAGGGCUGAUUUCCUUCAGAAUGGAUAGGUUUGAUCUUCUUGCAGUCCAUGGGACUCUCAAGAGUCUCCUCCAGCACCAUAAUUCAAAAGCAUCAAUUCUUUGGCGAUCAGCCUUCUUUAUGGUCCAGCUCUCACUUCCAUACAUCACUACUGAGAAAACCAUAGCUUUAACUAUUAGGACCUUUGUUGGCAAGGUGCUUUUUAAGAUGCUGUCUAGGUUUGUCAUUGACAGACCAUAGCUCCCAGAAUUCUUUGGGGAAAGCCAUGACUGUUUAAAGCGGUAUCACAGCGCUCUAAACACAUGAUGUGACUGUGGACAGUUGGUUGACGCAAUAAUAGUGCAACAGUGGUGGAUUUAUACUGGACUGUGCACGCAUUGUUCUGUUACAUUAUUUGCUCUUUGGUCACACUAUUGCCGCCUGGAGGAACGCUCUUGCACAAUAUAUGCGGGUCCCGCUAUGCAAAUACAUUGCAGAUUCAGAUAUCCAAACUGCUGGACCUGCUUGCAGUACUGUAAACAAACAAGCCUUAUUUUUUUGUGUUUUGCUGGUCUUUGACAGACAUUUCACCAGAAACCAUGGUGGGAAGGAUGGAGGGGUUUGGACAAAUAAGGAAUCAUUUUUUUCCCUUUCUUGUAUGCCUUUUGUAAGGUUUUCUAAGGUUUUUCUGGGUUUUUGUUGUUGUCAUUUUGGAGGUCAAAAUUCUGCGUUCGGGAACGCAUUAGAAAUUUCCCCAUAGGAAUCAAUGGAAAUUGUUGGCUCAUUUUGUGAACACUGGCAAACUAUUUCCUGAGAAUGCCUUGUGUAUGAAUAUCAAGACUUGCACGUAUAAUGCCAAAAGUGGAGGGAAACAAAGAAACCUGGAACACAGAAUCAUAAGGUUGGAAGGAACCCUAAGGGCCAACAUUUCGAAUUCCCGGAAGUAUGGGAAUCACAGCUAAAGAAUCACUGACAGAUGGCCAUCCAACCUCUGCUUAAAAAAAUCAAAUGAGGCAAUAUAGCAUCAAGCAGUUGGUCCCUUACCUUUCCUGCCCCAACCUGGCCACAGUGAUCCAUGCGACGCUCAUCUCCAGGGUUGACUACUGUAAUUCGCUCUACGCGGGGCUGCCCUUGAAGCUGUCCCAGAAACUCCAGCGGGCGCAGAAUGCUGCAGCGAGGCUCCUCACAGGGUCUCUGCUAUGGGAGCAUAUUCAUCCAGUGCUUUUCAAGCUGCACUGGCUCCCGGUGGAGUACAGGGUCAGAUUUAAGGUGCUGCUUUUGACCUUUAAAGCCCUUCACGGCCUAGGACCCUCGUACCUACAGGACCGCCUCUCCUGGUGUGUCCCACGGAGAGCCUCAAGGUCCAUAAAUAGCAACACCCUAGUGGUCCCGGGCCCUAAGGAAGUUAGAUUAGCUUCAACCAGAGCCAGGGCCUUUUCAACUCUGGCUCCGUCCUGGUGGAACGCUCUGCCUCAUGAGACCAGGGCCCUGCAGGAUCUGAUUUCUUUCCGCAGGGCCUGUAAGACAGAGUUGUUCCACCUGGCCUUUGGCUUGGAGCCAAUUUGAUUCCCUCCCUCUCUUUCUUUUUUCUUUUCCUUCUCCUGCUGCGAGGAGGCUACAUUUUAAUAUUUUAAUGUUUCAAUAUUUUAAUGUUGUAUUUUAAUUUUGUUUUUAAGUUGUAAUCAUUCAACUUGUUUUUAUUAUUGCUUGUAAGCCGCUCUGAGCCCGGCCUUGGCUGGAGAGGGCGGGGUAUAAAUAAAAAUUAUUAUUAUUAUUAUUAUUAUUAUUAUUAUUUUACAGGAUUUCACCAGGAAGCUACGAGAAAUGCAUAGAUUAGAAAGAAAGCUGCAUGUUUGCCCCAAAAUUUUGCAGGCACAAACAGUAUUUAAAGUGGGGUCAUAAUAAACCUCCCCCCCCCAAUAAUAAUUAAUGCACAAUAAAAAGAACAUCUGGAUAGGCCCACAGAACCAAAAUACCAAUGGAUCUUAGUUUAGGGUUCAAGGCAGUUCCUCCUUAAGGUUCAGUCAAAAUCUGUCCACCUGUAACUUAAGAAGUUUCUAGGUUAACAAUGGCCUGGUUGGGGGGGGGUGUGAAUCUCUGUCAUGUAAUAAGAGGAAAAGCCUCUUGAGUCCAAGGAGAUGUUUGGACCUCAUUAAAAAUCCCCGACAAGAGAAUCGGCUGGCAAAUUCCAAGCUGUUCCCCCCACCCUACCCCCAGCAUGCCCCCUUGGGAAGGAUUGAAUCCGCAAAGCUGGAGGAAAAUGAACAGCUGGGAUUCAUCCUUGUAGAAAUCAGUCAAAGCCUUUGCUUUUCGCAUUAAUGAGUUGGCUAAAUUGGUCUGCGUCUGCCCCAAAACUGCACGGACCUUUCUCAAAACAAUCUGGAGAGCUUUCUGCAGAAGGCGACAUUUGUCUGUGGGCAGGGGGGAGUUGAUUCGUAAGUCGGCAACGGUUGAUCAAGGCAUCCUCUGCGGGAGUGUGCAGGAUCCCAACGGAGUCUUGAAAACUCCGGUACCUAUUUAUCUACUUGUACUGGUGUGCUUUUGAAUUGCUAGGUUGGCAGGAGUUGGGAGAGAGCAACAGGAGCUCACUCCAUCGUGGGGAUUCGAACCGCCAUCCUUCCGAUCGGCAAGCCCAAGAGGCUUAGUGGUUUAGACCACAGUGCCACCCGCAUCCCUGCUUCUGAGUACCAGUCGAUAGGAACCACAGAAGGGGAAUGUACAAUUGCACUAAGGUCCUGCUUACAGGUUUCCUGUAUAUAAUUGAAAUAAUAGUAAUAAUAAUAAUAAUAAUUUCUUAUUUAUACCCCACCCAUCUGGCUGGGCCUCCCCAGCCACUCUGGGCGGCUUCCAACAAAACACUAAAAUACAAUAACCUAUUAAACAUUAAAAGCUUCCCUAAACAGGGCUGCCUUCAGAUGUCUUCUAAAAGUCAGAUAGUUGUUUAUUUUCUUGACAUCUGGUGGGAGGGCGUCCACAGGGCAGGUGCCACUACCGAGAAGGCCCUCUGCCUGGUUCCCUGUAACUUGGCUUCUCGCAGUGAGGGAACCGCCAGAAGGCCCUCGGCGCUGGACCUAAGUGUCCGGGUAGAACAAUGGGGGUGGAGACGCUCCUUCAGUUAUACUGGACCGAGGAUUCUGGACUAAAUGGGUCACUGGCCUGAUCUAGAAGGCUCUUCCUAUGUCCUUACGUUGUUGGGGAAUUUUUUUUUAAAUUUUUUUGGUAAGAAUUAAAACUGCUAAAAUCUUUUAAAAAUGUUUCUUUUAAUUUUUAUUGUUUUCUAAAACAACAACAACAACCAUAUGCACUCUCUUACUCUUUCUUUCCCAGGCCGAGCCCCUGACACCCAAACUCUCAACUUGGAGAUGGCUGGAGUGAAAACAAAUCCCGCGACGGGGAAAAUCAUUGUUGAUGCAAGAGAAACUACUUCUGUUCCUCACAUUUAUGCAAUUGGAGACAUAACAGAGGUAGACGUCUACAUAAACUCCUUGACAAUGACAGGAAAACUUACUUUGUUCUUGAUUAAUAACCGCUGCCCAUUUGUCGUCAAGCCUAUAUCAGCGUGUUAAAGCCCCGCUUUUCGUUUUCAUUUGGAGUGUUUAUGCCAGCAACACAGAACAGUAAUUUCCUCCACGCAGAACACCUCUGCGUUAGAGAUUAUUACUGAUGCUUAUCAGGUGAAAAGCAUUAUGUGGCAACAGCUGGCAAGAAGGCUUUGUUAUCUCUCCUAUAUCAAUUCUGCCUCUGAAAUAAAUAGGUUUUGCUGCCCGUGGAAGGCAAAAAAAAAUACAGCUAUUUUUUUUAAAAAAAGGCUGAAGGUGUUAGUAAUUUGACUGCGAAAUCAAACUGAUUGACAAUUAAGUUCACACGGUUUUUGCAAAAACACUUCUUACUUGCUCUCUCUCUCUGAAAGCAAUGCAUCAUGCUAUCUUGCUGGCAGCAACUCACAACUUCUAACCAUUCUUGCAAGAGAGGCAAAAUGUUUUGGGGCUGAGAAGGUUUCCCCUCCAUCUCUAGUAACACUGGACUUGAGGGCACCCAGAAAAGCCGAAUGACAGAAGAUUCAGUACAGACAAAAAAAGAAGUAGCUUCUCCACACAGCCCCUAGUUAAACUAUAGAAUUUGCUCCCACAAAAUGUAAUGAUGGCCACCAACUGGAAUGACAUGUACAUAUAAUUAAAUUUUCUAAUUUACAUUUCAAAAUAUUCAUUUACACAACCUUAAAUCAAAGACUUCCCUUCCUCUCUUUCCAUGGUUCAUUUUACAUACCAUUCAUCCCUGCGUAUUUUACAUGAACUGAACCAUUCAAUAAUCCAUUGUUACAUCCAUCAAAACUUAUUUACAUUGUUGAAUCUAUCUUAGUGCUACCAGCAUUUUUAAAUAAACACAAUUUUUACCCAUAUAUUCAGUAAACAUUUUCCAGGCUUCUUUAAACGUACAUUCUUCUUGUUCUCUUAUUCAAAAAGUUAAGUCUGCAAGCUGCACGGAUUCCAUCAGUUUAAGCUGCCAUUCUUCUUUGGUCGGGACCUCGCUCAUUUUCCAUUUGGGGGCUAACAAAACACGGGCUGCAGUAGUAGCAUACACAAAUAACCUUUUUUUGACAUCUGGGAAUUUCCCUCUGAAUUAUUCCCAACAAAAAGGACUCUGGUGGUUGUUUUUUUGGAACGGUACUUUUAAACAUUUUUUUUUCCCAAUUCAUUAUAUAUUAUUUCCCAAUAUUCUUUUACCCUUUUACAAGUCCUCCAACGGGAAUCACUUUUAAAGGAGAACAGAAAAAAUUGUGGAGAAGAAAGCUAUUAGUGCAGGGGUCAGCAAACUUUUUCAGCAGGGGGUUGGUCCACUGUCCCUCAGACCUUGUGGGGGGCUGGACUAUAUUUUGGGAGGAGAAAUGAACGAAUUCCUAUGCCCCACAAAUAACGCAAUUUAUACGUUUUCCAAUUCUAAUUACACUUAUUACAGAAUAUCUCGGAAAUUUAAAUAAAGAUAGAAAGAGAGAAAAAUUCUCAUUACAAGUCUUCAGACAACCCUGCUAGUGGUGUUAAUUGUUUACAAUGAUCUUUCAGAUACCGUAUGAAUUUACUCCAGUCUUUUUGGAAUACUUGAUCUUGCUGGUUUGGGAUUUUUCCUGUCAGCUUCGCCAGUUCUGCAAAGUCCAUCGUCUUCAUCUGCCCCUCUUCUUUCGUUGGUAUUUCUUGUUUCCAUUUUGGGGCUAAAAUAAUUCUUGCUGCAGUUGUUGCGUACAUGAACAGGCUUUUGUCUUCCCUUGAUAUCUCUUCACCCCCUAUACCCAAGAGAAAAGUUUCCAGUUUUUUAACAAAAUUAUUUUUAAACACCUUCUUUAACUCAUUAUAUACCAUUUCCCAGAAAGCCUUUACGAGUUCUAGAAUUUUUAUUGCGAUAAUCUAACAUAGUCCCACGCAUGGGUGCAAAGCGAGCGUUUGUGUCGACUUGUUUACUCAGGGAAGUCUUAAGCCAUUGUUUUUUCAUACGCACAGAGAGCGAAAAAUACCCUGCGCUUAUGUCUGCAGGGAUGUUUUAGUAAUUAGCUUGGGUGUUCCUCGUGCUUUUUUUUAAAGGAAUGUAUGCCAGAGGCUUUCCUCCCCCACCCUCCAGGUUUUAUCUCUUUCUCUGAUCUCUGGAACGCCAAAAUAACAUCUGUAUUUCCUGCCACAGAAAUGAUUGGCAGCUGCAUUUCAGGCGGGGGAGAGGGAAACGGCAACGUUGACAAAUCACAUUGACAGACGAUCUUGAAAGCCAAAACGUUAGUUCGGAAAAAGAGAUAACACGUACAUUUGCCUAAACCUUGGGAUUAAUCCCAAACUGCAACUUGGGACUUGCUUCCGAUCUUUUUAAUUAUCAUUAAACGUAUAACAAACAAGGCGAACAGAUUAUAUGAGUUUUUGAUCUGCUGUUUAUGACUUAUCUUGAGGUGUUGCCGUAUUGCCUCUUUUGUACAAAUUUAUUCCAAUGUUUUUCUUUAUAUCUUUGGUCUCCUUAUCUUAUACCUGACCAUUCUCAAUUGUAUCCCACCGCCCUUUUGAUGAUUUUUGGAAAUAUUCUGUUAGUCUUGUUUGUUAUCCCUCUCCCACUCUCUCUCUCUCUCACACACACACGCACACAAAAACACUCUCACACACAAACACACACACACACACACAGAGGUGCCAGAACUCACCAUGAAUGCCCCCCUUGUUCUCUUCUAAUGGCAAUGGAACUCGCUAAGAGCUGCCAGAAUUGAGUUCUGACUGAACAGAUAGAUAGAUAGAUAGAUAGAUAACAUAACUUAGUCCAGGUCAUGAGUUCAAGUCUCGCAUUGACAUUUUGGACCUCUCCUAAUUCCGUUGUCUUGUCUUAGGGUCGCCCCGAACUAACGCCUACGGCCAUUGCUGCAGGGAAGCUGGUUGCUCAGAGGCUAUUUGGCCAGUCGGCAGAACUCAUGGAUUACGACAACGUGAGUAAUUUUGCGAGUUUUUUUCUUCCCUGGGGGUUCGAAAAUGAACGAUUUGUUGCAAAGCAAUCACAUACAGCGGCCAUACUUCUCCAUGGGCGUGAAUAAGUGUUUCGUUGUGGUUGUUAUUUAACAUCUAUAGUACAGUGGUAGCUCGGUUUUUGGACGUCUCAGAAGCCUAACGUUUCAGUUUUCGAAUGCCAAAAACUCGGAAGUAAAUGCUUCCGUUUUCGAAUGCGCCUCAGAAGUCAAACAGCUUCCACUGCCUGCAUCUGUUGUUUUCCACAAUUUUCUCUAGACUACCCUUUGCGCCUCGAUUUUCGAACUUUUCGGAAAUCAGGCGGUCUUCCGGAAUGGAUUACAUUCGAAAACCGCGGUACCACUGUAUUAAAGAUAAAGGGACCCCUAACUGUUAGGUCCAGUCGCGGAGGACUCUGGGGUUGCGGCGCUCCUCUCAUUUUACUGGCCGAGGGAGCUGACAUUUGUCCGCAGACAGUUUUUCCGAGUCAUGUGGGCAGCAUGACCAAGCCACUUGUGACGAACCAGAGCAGCGCACGGAAAUGCCAUUUACCUUCCCACCAGAGCGCUAUGUAUUUACUUGCAUUUUGACGUGCUUUCAAACUGUUAGGUUGGCAGGAGCAGGGACCGAGCAACCGGAGCUCACCCCGUCGCGGGAAUUCAAACCACCAACCUUCUGAUCGGCAAGCCCCAGGCUCUGUGGUUUAGACCAUAGCACUACCCGCGUCCCUGCACCAGUGUAUUAGUAUUAAUUAAUUAAUUAACCACUGUAUUAGUGUUAAUUAAAUCAAUAUACCCCUUAGUUGCCAACAUGGCAUCAAAGCAGUUUAUAAAUUGCAAAACAUGGAUAAUUCAAGUAAACAACAAAACAAUGCUAGGGUCAUGGGGGAUCAACGACUUGUUAGUAUUAUUUCUGUAGCAGAGUCCUUGUCUAUAGCAUCUUAGAACCACCCAAUCAGCAUGAAAGGGGAGCUUUUUGGCCAAUGAGAAUAAGCCUUCUUGCUCUGUGGGUUGAUGGGAGCCAAUCAGAGUGCAAAGAGGUGAGUCAGCCACUGAGGAUUGGCUCCCGGGAUCACUCUGAAGAAGGGGUGAGGGAAGAACAUGGAGAAGGAGUUGAUCUAGGGGAAAGGCAAUAUAUGGAGGAUCUGCACUGAUCAUUGCAAUAUAUCCCUAAUUGUAGCUUGUAUAAUAAUAAAGUUAUUGUAUAAUCUAACUGUGAGUUGAUCUGGUUGUCACUAUUAUGAAGGGGAUGCUGCAUCAACCCCUCUUAGUGGUGCAGCAAUGAAACCGCUAGAACAUUUGUGAAGCUAAGCAGGGUCCGGUAUGGUUUGAAAUCGGAUGGGGGACCGCAUGUUGAGAUUCCUGCAUUGUUGGGGGUUGGCCUAGAUGGCUUUUCCCACUACACUACUACUGUGUGUCAUUAAGUUUUGGGGGAUAGGGAGAAGCAUGGGGCUCUUGAUCUAUUGGCUUGAGAGUAACAGGAUGGCCGCGAAGAAUUGGAAGAAACAAGAUUUACCAACUAUCGAAGAAUGGCAGAUGAAGAUGAUGGACUAUAUGGAACUUGCUGAACUGACUGGGAGACUCCGAGACCAGAGAGAAGAGACGUUGGAAGAAGACUGGAAGAAGUUUAAGGAAUAUUUUUUUUUAAAUGUUAAUAUUUAAACCUAAGAAUAGCUUUGGAAGUGGAUAUAGGCUGUAGGGUUAGAAGUAGAAGUUAGGGUAUUUUAAAAUAGUAUUAUUUGUAAGUGAUAAAAUGUGAAGUUAUUUUAAGUGUGAUUAAAAAAAAGAUGGUUAGAAAUUAUGAUAUAUGUAAACUGCUAAAGAUGAAGUAAAAUGAAAAUCAGAUAGGUGGGACUUGGGGAAGCCCACUUAACAAUGUUUAGAAAAAUAAGGAUAUGAAAAGAAUUUGUUCAUUUUGUUUGUCUUUUCUGUUUGUGUUUUUUAUUUGUGUUAUAAAAUGAAUAAAAAAUUUUGAGGGGGGGAAAGAAAGUAACAGGAUGGCCUUCUAUCGCCUAGGUGCCUACCACUGUUUUCACCCCCCUGGAGUAUGGCUGUGUAGGACUCUCGGAAGAAGAAGCUGCAGGGCGGUUUGGAGCAGAUCAUAUAGAGGUAUGCUGGGCUCCUGACAGGCAUGGCUGCUGGCCACCAGUGCUGAGUAGCCAGCUUCCUCUGCCACUGUGUGUCAGGGACUGUGCUGAGGAGGGCUGCACUGAGGAAGAAUGGUGGGAGCCACCCCUCCUCCUGAUCCUGAAUCUUCCCGGGAGCAGGAGGACAGUAUAGAUUAGGAACAGUGGUUUGCAGAGGGGCCUAGUUUAGAAGGCAGAAGCUGGGAAAUACUGGAUGGGGAGCAAGCUAGCAGAAGAAACACUAGAAGAGAGAGAUUUCUCUUAUCAGAAAUGAUAAAAAUGUAAAAUGAAGCAAUGAUGUAAGGCAGGCGCUGGCUCUGAUUGCAUCUUCCGAUAUUCCUUUCUAUUAGGUGUACCAUGCGUUUUAUAAGCCAUUGGAAUUUACCGUGGCCGAAAGAGAUGCAGCUCAAUGUUACAUAAAAGUAAGUUCGUGUUCCUGGCGUUUGACCUCCACUUCCAGCACGGAGGCUCUGCAUCCUUGGCUUUGCUGGAAAGAUGGUGGGGACAAAGGUGGCUCGUAGUAUGUGUGUUUGUUGUUAUUUAGUCGUUUAGUCGUGUCCGACUCUUCGUGACCCCCUGGACCAGAACAUGCCAGGCACUCCUGUCUUCCACUGCCUCCCGCAGUUUGGUCAAACUCAUGUUAGUAGCUUCGAGAACACUGUCCAACCAUCUCGUCCUCCGUCUUCCCCUUCUCCUUGUGCCCUCCAUCUUUCCCAACAUCAGGGUCUUUUCCAGGGAGUCUUCUCUUCUCAUGAGGUGGCCAAAGUAUUGGAGUCUCAGCUUCAGGAUCUGUCCUUCCAGGGAGCACUCAGGGCUGAUUUCCUUAAGAAUGGAGAGGUUUGAUCUUCUUGCAGUCCAUGGCCCUUGCUAUAAUCACUUACCUGGGGAGGCUGGCAUGGGGCAAAUGCACUGUCGGAGCCUAUCCAGCCUCCUUGCUGCUGCGUUUGCACUGCACCAACCUCCUCGUCUGCCGGGAAGCUGCCAUAGCAGUUCUGCCCUACCUGAUGAUUUGCUUCUGCAUAGCGGUAGGGUGUCAAAAAAACUGCCACCCCUGUCUUCCCAGUGCCAGGGUGUCCUGCUCUUGUCCAGGCUCACAUUUGCCUCUGCUGUUGGCAGCCCCCCCCCCCCAGGUUGUGUAUGUUUUGUGGCAUUUUAUGCAUUGUUACUUGCCGUUAUUUUUAUAGUUCUUCAUUGCAAUUGUUAAGCGUAAACUACUUAAUUAUUAUUUGCUGGUAUUUAAUUUUACUGUUUACUAUUAUAUUCCAAUGGAUUGUUGAAUACAGUGGUACCUGGGUCCUCAAACUUAAACCGUUCCAGAAUUCUGUCCCAAAACCAAAGCAUUCCAAAACCAAGGCGUACUUUCCCAUAGAAAGUAAUGUAAAAUGGAUUAAUCCAUUCCAGACUUUUAAAAGCAACUCCUAAAACAGCAAUUUAACAUGAAUUUUACUAUCUAACUUCCGGGUUUUCGGUGUUUGGGAACCAAGGUGUUUGAGUACCAAGGUGUUUGAGAACCAAGGUACCACUGCUUUAUUUGCUGCAAGUUGUUUAUUUUAAAGUUAUCUCUUUAUUAUGACUUUUUUUUGUAUUGAAUCAGAUUGUUAUUGGGCGCUGUGCCCUUUGCUGUCUAUUUUGUUGUUUCUUCAGCUUGCAAACCGCCUUGUGUAUCAUAUUGUAGAAAGGCGUAUACAAAUCAAAAGGGAAAUGAAAAUGUCUGAAAUCCUGGAGAACGGCUGCCUGUCAGUGUAGGCAGUACUGAGUUAGAUGGACGAAUAGUCCUCCUCCAAAUAAGACAGCUUCCUAUAUUCUAAGCAAAAGGUGUAGUUUGGUGGUAGAGGAGAUGGUUUGCAUGCAGAAUGCUCCCAGAUUGGAAAGGACUUUCUCUGCCCUGAAAACCCUGGAGACCCACUGCCAGUCAGAGCAGACUAGGGCUAGGUGGAUAAACAGUCUCACCUGUCCCAGUCUCAGUUCCUGGCAUCUCCAGGCAGGCCUGUGGGUGUCCCCUGCCUGAAACCAUGGAGAAGUUGCUGGCAGUCAGUGCGUGCAACACUGCGCUAGAUGGACCGAUGGUCUGAAGCGCUAGAUAGUCAGCUAUCCUCUGAGAGUGACAGAGCAUCCACCUUGCAGAAGGCCCCAGAUUCAGUCCCUGGUGUCUCCCGGUCAGGCUGAGAAGGUGCCUUGUCUGAAACCCUGGCGAAGGCACUGCCAGCCAGUGCAGACAGAACUGAGCUCCAUGGGCCAGUGUUCAGCAGGAGGCAGUUUCUUGUGUCUUCUGACAGUCUCCUGCUGCUCCCCGUUUUGCUUUCAGAUGGUGUGCUUACGCCAGCAAGAACAGCGAAUCCUCGGCCUUCAUUUCAUUGGCCCAAACGCCGGCGAAGUUAUUCAAGGAUUUGCCCUUGGAAUCAAGUAAGUGGAAUUGAGAAUUCUGCACUCCACCCCAUCCGCUCCCUUCCUAGAGUUUUCCGAAAGCCUUCUCUUUUAAGUCACCCUAAGAUUAUGAAAGAUAGCGGUUUAGCUUUUGGCAGUGCUAAAAAAAGAGCCCAUGUUUCCAUUUACUUUUAUGUCUCGUUUCCUAGAUUAUCGUUUUUUUAAAAAAUAUGGCCUUUCCUUAUUAAUAAAACGUUGGGCUUAGUGACGGAUGUACCAGGUUUCUUGCAUUUAUGUUUAUGAAAUAUGUUUCUUGGCAAACCGUACAGCCCUCCUCCAAAAAAAAAUCCAUUUUGCUAUGCAGCUGUUAACUCUUCAAAGUGCAGCAAAGGCAAAAGCUUUAUGUUUUCAGGAUAAUAAAUGAUCGCUGAAAUAUGCAGAAGCCUUUCUUUUAAAAGAGAUUGGGGGGGGGAAUCUAAAAGCUUUUUUUGAUUAUGUUUUGUGGGGAGGCUUGCAGGAGGAAUCAUCAAAGCUUUGGAGAGAAUGGUCAUAUUUUCUUUUAAAGUCUGCACCGUGGCAGGGGGGUAAAGGUAAAGGGAUCCCUGACCAUUAGGUCCAGUCGUGGCCGACUCUGGGGUUGUGGCGCUCAUCUUGCUUUAUUGGCCGAGGGAGCCGGCGUACAGCUUCCGGGUCAUGUGGCCAGCAUGACUUAAGCCACUUCUGGCGAACCAGAGCAGUGCACAGAAACACCGUUUACCUUCCCGCUGGAGAGGUACCUAUUUAUCUACUUGCAUUUUGACAUGCUUUCGAACUGCUAGGUUGGCAGGAGCAGGGACCGAGCAACGGGAGCUCACCCCGUCGUGGGGAUUCGAACUGCCGACCUUCUGAUUGGCAAGUCCUAGGCUCUGUGGUUUAACCCACAGCGCCACCCACGUCCACAGUGGGGGUGGGGUGUUGGUUUCACUAAACCAGAGGUGUGGAACCUGCAGCCCUCCAGAUGUUGUUCAACUUCCAGCAGGUCCAAUAGGCAGAGUUGGUGAGGAUUGCAGUUUGGCAACAUCAGAACUGAGGGGGUCCCACCUCCUGGAAAGUGUGGGGUUACCUAGCAGGGUGCUAAGAGACAAGGAUGCAGCAGUAGGGCACUGUCAGUAUAAACGAUUAUCAGACUGGAUCAGAUUCAUCAGUUUUGUUGCAUUAAUUAAACUAAAUAGUUCUGGAUUUUGAAUAAGCGUUCAAUUAAUUGUUACUGUUUUGAAUUCGAUCUUGUUAGUGGUUCAUGCAAGCCCUAUUCUGAAUAAUGCUUUUUAUAGGGUUAGGGAGCACAGGGAAUGAGGGUGGCGCUGUGGUCUAAACCACUGAACCUCUUGAGCUUGCUGAUCAGAAGGUCGGUGGUUCGAAUCCCCGCAAUGGAGGGAGCUCCUGUUGCUCUGUCCCAACUCCUGCCAACCUAGCAGUGUGAAAGCAUACCAGUGCAAGUAGAUAAAUAGGUACCGCUGCGGCGGGAAGGUAAACAGCGUUUCCGUGCACUCUGGUUUCCAUCAUGGUGUCCCAUUGCACCAGAAGCGGUUUAGUCCUGCUGGCCACAAGACCCGGAAAGCUGUCUGUGGACAAAUGCCGGCUUCCUCGGCCUGAAAGCAAGAUGAGUGCCACAACCUCAUAGUAGCCUUUGACUGGACUUAACUGUCCAGGGGUCCUUUACCUUUUACCUUAGGGGGCACAGGAGGUGAGUUUAUGGAACCAAGCGUCCUGUAGCCCAAAAUAGCUGGAGAGUCACUGAACACAGGCUGGGAAAGCGGAGGAGUUUGGUUGGCGCUUCUCGAAAACAGUACUCAGACUGAAACACGUGCCUUCAGAAUUCACACAUCUCCAAAUGUCGCGAUGCGUUUCUCUGUCCAAAAUACUCUACGAAAGGAAUAUAUAUUUGGGGGAAAGCAGACCUCAAAAUAUACCCCCAAAAAACUUAAGUUAACAGUUCCUUAAAAUGAAAUAAAAACUGAAUUGUGGCAUCUUUUAAUGUCAUUAAAGUGCAAUCUUGUGCAUACUUUCCUGGGAGUCUGUCCCACUGAGUAGACAUUGCAUUGUAAGAAGUGGCUUUAAAAUAAAAUAAAAGCAACUUUUAAACUUUGCAGAUUUGCUCUACCCACUCUCCGAGUUUCUCAAAUUCAGCCUCCCCCAACCAGAUGGAGACUCCAUCUCCCAUAAGCACCGGCCACCAUGGCCAAUCAUCAGGGAGUUGCAGUUCACCACAUCUGGAGUGAACUACAAGUUAGGAGAGGCUGAUCUAAUUACUUUAAACUGUUGCUAAAAGAGGACCGUGGUGCUCUUUGCGGACAGUGGGGGCAGACACUCCUGGAGAUAAGCAAUUUUGGUAAAUUUCCAUUCCGGAGAAACUUUGCUCUUCAAAAAAUCCCAGGGCUGGUUGGGUGCUUUUGUAACAUUUAGGAAAUCUCCCUGUGCCUGGUGCCAGGUUCCUUUUCCUUGUCGCUGCUGCUCUCUAGCGUCUGAAAGGAGUAAGGUCUAAAAAAGGAAGCUGAGUUUCUGCAUGGGAUGAGAGCAGUGCUGGAUUAACGUAUAACCUGGACAAGCUAUAGUUUAGGGCCCCACUCUCUGGGGGCCCCCAAAAAAAUGUAAAGGAAAAAAACCUAGAUGUACAUUUCCAAUAUAUAAGAUAAAAAACAACUAAAAUAAAACCUACAUACAGCAACAAUGUUUUGUGUUGCGUUGGCUCAUAUGAUGUAAGGAAUGCCAGCCUGCUCCCUAAAAUAUCACUGGUUUGCUCAUUUCAAUAUAUAGGGUGCCUACAUUCUGCAUAGACUUUGCAAUCUGCAUGGACUUUUCAACAAUUACUUUGAUAAAAUACGUAUUUUGUUAUGUGCAAAUGGCUUUAGGUACCUAUUAGAUUCAUAAAUUACCAUAUAGCAUAUAUUCAACACAAAAAAACAGUGACAAUUUGUUGUUGACAGCUGGACAUAUAAAGGGCCCCAUUACCUUCAGUAGCUUAGGGCCUCAUCAGACCUAAAUCUGGUCCUGGAUGAUAGGAAAUGAAGAUUUGUUUCUGCUGUUUUGCAAAGGAUCUGCUUUAACAAGACAAGUUAUUGCAGAUUGCUUGUUGUGGAGAGUACAGUGGUACCUCGAGUUAAGUACUUAAUUCAUUCUGGAGGUCCGUUCUUAACCUGAAACUGUUCUUAACCUGAAGCACCACUUUGGCUAAUGGGGCCUCCUGCUGCUGCUGCUGCACCGCCGGAGCACAAUUUCUGUUCUCAUCCUGAAGCACUAUUUCUGGGUUAGCGGAGUCUGUAACCUGAAGUGUAUGUAACCUGAAGCGUAUGUAACCCGAGGUACCACUGUAGUUACACUUUGCUUUGAGGGGAAUUCACCUAAGACCCAGUGUGGAUGAGUGAGGGCUGGACUCGGGUCUAAAAAUGGUCCGAAUCAUGGAAUCGUAGCGUUGGAAGGGACCCUGAGGGUCAUCCAGUCCAACCCCCUGCAAUGCUGGAAUAUGCAGCUGUCCCAUACAGGGAUCGAACCUGCAACCCUGGCAUUAUCAACACCAUGCUCUAACCAACUGAGCUAUCCAGGCCCAUUCAGUUUAACUGCUUCCUCAGGCUGGUCCAUAACCUGUGGGCCAGCAUCAUUGGGAAAGAUAUCAUGCUGACACAGGAACAGAUCUUCCCAAGUUAGGGCCCUUUCGCGAGGCCUUUCUCUUCCACAGUCAACUGGACAUGGAAUUUAAAUCUCCAUUUCUGCGGUCACAGUUGCCCCAUGCAUUCAGACCACCGAUAUACCACUGUUAACAGCCGUGGCUUCCCCCAAAGCAUUCUGGGAGCUGUCAUUGGUUCAAUAUGGCAAGAGUUCUUAGGAGACACAGAGCUAAAGUUCCCAGCAUUCUCCGGGGGACGUGAUAGAGCAGUGCUUUAAAAUGUGUUGUAUGGAUGUCAGUAAACCACCAUGUUUCCCCAUAGCAACCCCACAACCAGCACAGUCCCAUUCAGUUCAAUGGGACUUGAUUCCUAGAAAGUGUGCAUAAGGUUGCAACCUUGAAGUGGAUUUUGGUGCCACUUAAUAAUAAUAACUUAAAGUUGCUGACGAUCCUCUGCUCCUGACCCUUUAAAAUACAGUGGUACCUCGGGUUACAGAUGCUUCAGGUUACAGACUCCGCUAACCCAGAAAUAUUACCUUGGGUUAAGAACUUUGCUUCAGGAUGAGAACAGAAAUCGUGCUCCAGCAGCACGGCAGCAGCAGGAGGCCCCAUUAGCUAAAGUGGUGCUUCAGGUUAAGAAUGGUUUCAGGUUAAGAACGGACCUCCGGAAUGAAUUAAGUACUUAACCAGAGGUACCACUGUAGCUGCUUCUUGUUCACUCAGUUUUUGACAUUACUGGAUCCUCCCUUUACUAAGUCAUUUCCUUGCCUGUGGAACCUUUAAAAAAAAAAUUCCCCCUUUGCAGCCCGAACAGUUCCUUGCAUACUUGUUUGUUUUGCUCUUGCAGUUGCAGUAAAAGAAGAAAUAAACACGAGCGAUCAAUUGCUCUGGCUCCUAGGAGGAAACGUGUCAUUAAAGCCCCUCCUGCCCAAGCAGGGGUAAAUUACUGGUUUAAAGGCUGAUUCAGUAAUCCUGUAGCAGGAAAGAUUUGAUAGGGCUUUCGCUGUCCACGCAAUUUUAUCCCUUUUCCUUCUUUGUAGAUGUGGCGCUACCUAUUCCCAAAUGGCAAAGACGGUUGGGAUCCACCCAACCUCUGCAGAGGAAGUUGCCAAACUGCACAUCACCAAGCGGUCGGGGGCCGAUCCUACCGUCACUGGCUGCUGAGGUUAGCUGCCAUCCCUGGGUAGCAACUGAAAGAGCACCCGGCGUCAGGAAUCUAAAGAAAAGGAGAGAACAGCUGGAAGAUUGAGAUAUGGCAGGUCGGUUGCUUUAGCCUUCUUUUGCCAGCCUUCAGCCUAGUCUCACUUGGGUCCAAGGAGAACGUGUUUCGGGAUGCUUAAACUGUGGAACUCCCUGCCACAUGGAAUGGUGAAUGCCACUAGCUUAGACAGCAGUAAAAGCGGGUGGGGGUGACCUUUCUCAGCCCAAAGGCCACAUUUCCUUCUGAGCAAGUGACACGCCUGCUGUUGGGCGAGGCAUUGCAGGGGGUUGGACUAGAUGACCCUUGGGACCCAACUUUACAACUCUAUGAUUCUGUGAAAUGUUUCCGUAGCGCAGUAGGCUAGCUUUUGCGCACAGUAGACAGCUUUAUCCUCCAUCCAGACAAGCAAAAGGCCUUGUUCCAUUGACACAUUCCAGUCGGACACAAACAGUGAGGGGUGUGUCUUGGUGGGGAGAGUUAUUCUUAUUAUUAAUUGAAUUUAUAUACCGCCCUAUACCCCGAGGUCUCAGGGCAGUUCACAUAAAAGAUCACAAUAUAUAAAAUCAAAGUAAAAACAAUAACCCAAUAACACGCCGCCGCCCCCCCAAAAAGAGCCGCAUUUUAAAGAGGUACAGGGUGUUGAUCAGGUCAACCAAAGGCCUGAUUAAAAAGGAACAUUUUUGCCUGGCACCUGACAGUAUAAUGAAGGCGUCAGGCAAACUUCCCUGGGGAGAGCAUUCCACAGACAGGGAGCCACUGCAGAGAAGGCCCUGUUCAUGUGUUGCCACCCUCUGGAUCUCUUGAGUCCUGCGAGCCAGCUCCAAGGCCCCAGCACUGCUUUGAAAGAAUAUGAGACAAAUGGAUGGAGGGCAAGGCUGCUAGACAUGAUGCCUGUGUGCUAAUCCAGGUGACAGGAUCGAGCCAGCAGUAAACCACACUGAGCAAGAUGGAGUUAACUCUUUAUUAGCAAAAACAGGAUCUGCAGUGUCAGGCCUAAUGAGUGCAGCACCUAUCUCUGGCAGGUCUUGCCUCUGUGACACAGUUGCUGAGAUCGAGAGUCCCAGCCUCCCCACAGCUGCCUAAAUCCUCUCAUCUCCAGGGUUUUCCCCAAGCAAUCUGAGGCUGCGCCAGCAUGAAGCUAACUUCUCCACCCUCUGCAUGCCUCUCUUGAUUCUAGGAAACCAGGGGGAAGGAGUUUGUCAGUCCUAUCUCAUGGCAGGGCAGAGCCUCAAAAAAAGAUGUGCUCCCCUAAUUCCCCACAUCCCCAGCAUGUUUACACCCCUGUCUCAGCGGUCCCUGUUGUAAGGAACUCAGCCUACACUCGAGUAGGACCCUGGUAGAGACACACGCCCGACUGGCAGGUUCUCUCCCUCCUGGUCUUUCAUCUGGGAGCUUCAAAAGCUUUCUUCAGCCCGAACAUCACUGUGACCGAUACCAACCGACAGCAGCACACUUAGGGAUCCGCAGAGUUUGCGCAUCAUGCGUAACGGAUCUCAGCAACUCAGCAUUUGGGCUAAUUACUUUAUUUACAUAUAAACUUACACGGAGCCUGGGACGCAGGUGGCGCUGUGGGUUAAACCAUGGCUCCCUUUCACUCUAGCAUCAGACAGCAAAGAGAAAAAGAACAAAGGACAAUAGUCCCACUUCACGGAACACAGUAACACAAACAUCCUGUCUCCGUCACUUCCCACUCUGUGGAGUCGAAAUAUGCACCGUCAUGUGAAAGACAACAAUCCCAUGACUGCAAUCGUGGAGCAGGAAUUCUAACACCCCCUGCAUGUUUACAUCCCUGUCUCAGCGACAUCUACGCUGGCCUAGCCAUGCCCACAGAAUGGAAGAUGGCAGGAUCUGCAAGGACGUGCGCUACGGGGAGCUGGCUCCUGGCACCAGGCCUGUUGGCAGACCGGCUCUGUGUUACAAAAAUGUCUGCAAACAUGACAUGAAGGCUGGCAACAUCGACCCCGCCAUGUGGGAAUCCCUUGCAGAUGACCGUAGAUAGUCAGGUCAUAUCCAGAGCAGAAAUGGCUGCUGGGAGGAGCGCAGAGAGAAGAAAUAAUAAUAAUAAUAAUAAUAAUAAUAAUAAUAAUAAUAAUAAUAAUUUUAUUAUUUAUACCCCGCCCAUCUGGCUGGGCUUCCCCAGCCACUCUGGGCGGCUUCCGAAAAAAUAUUAAAAUACUAUAAUACAUCAAACAUUAAAAGCUUCCCUAAAGAGGGCUGCCUUCAGAUGUCUUCUAAAAGUCUGGUAGUUGUUGUUCUCUUUGACAUCUGGUGGGAGGGCAUUCCACAGGGCGCCACUACCGAGAAGGCCCUCUGCCUGGUUCCCUGUAGCUUUGCUUCUCGCAGUGAGGGAACAGCCAGAAGGCCCUCGGAGCUGGACCUCAGUGUCCGGGCUGAACGAUGGGGGUGGAGACGCUCCUUCAGAUAUACUGGACCAAGACAGUUUAGGGCUUUAAAGGUCAGCACCAACACUUUGAAUUGUGCUCGGAAAAGUACUGGGAGCCAAUGUAGGUCUUUCAAGAAAAGCUAUUGAGCAUUUGCAGCAGCGCAGGCAGACGCCAUCAUCUGCCCCAGUUGCAGCAAAACAUGUCUCUCCCAUAUCGGACUCUAUAGCCGCAGCAAACUGUCCAGUGGUUUGACUUCAACCCCGAAGGCGCACUCGGAUGCCAACAAUUUUUGGUCAUGCUUGCUGUGGGCAGUUGGAAUCCGAGAAUAUUUGGAGGGUCAUAUCCCGUUCCUGUUGUAAAUAUUACUGAGCUUAGAUGGCUCAGUGACCUGAUUCUGUGCCAGACAGCUUCUACGUCCCUAUUUCUAGGCCUGAAAAAUCUUAAAUGAACUCGGCAGCUCAAGGUUACUGCUGGUGGAGCUCGGCUGCCUUUUAUGAAACACGACCCUUUUUCAUUUUCAUUUGUUUUAGCAUGGCAUAAUUUUAAUUCCAUUGAUAAGGAAGCCUUUGUUCUCUCAGAGGGUUUAGCCUUCUGCUAAAAUCAAGGCUUCGUGGCUGGGAUCGAAAGAGCAGAUAGGGUAAAGUAAACAUCCUGAUUUUGCUCUGCGAGUUCCCACUGCGGAAGAGGCAAGCCGUAGAAUCAGGAAAUGAAACUUUGGCCGGCUCCGUGGCUCUUUUGCUCGCCGCAUCCUGGUUUCUGCAUGGGGGCUGCGUCUCAUCAAGCCGAAUAUUGCAUCCUGUGUGCCGAGAGCAGUUGCGUUCUCUAAUUUGGAUCCAGAACAACACCAUCCAAGCACAAAACAGGGACGUAUCACCAGGCUUGGGGGAGCCGCAAAGUUAGCAGGUGGAGCAAUCCCUGCACUCGGGACUUUUUAAUUCUGCGAGUCGGAAGUGGCGGGAUAGGCAUUUAAACAAUUGUACAUGUUGUGGAAGCAAGUGGCUAGAGAAUGGUUUCUCUCCUUCUCACUGGAGUUCGUGAACAUCCAGCGAAGGCAAAUGUUGGAAGAUCCAAGCUAGAUAACAGAAAGUACUUCUUCAUGCAGUGCGUAGGUCGACUGUGGAACUCACUGCCACUGGAGGCAGGAAUGGCCACCAAUUUAGAUGGAUUUUAAAAGAAGAUUAGACAAAUCCAUGAAGGAAAAGGCUAUCAACGGCUACUAAUCAUGAUGGUUAUAUUCUGCCUCCUUGGUCAGAGGCAAUAAUGCCUCUGAGUAUCAGUUGCCCAAAAGCGCAGGAAGAGAGUACUGUUGUGCUCAGGUCCUGUUGAGAUUUCCCACACAUCUGGGCAACCACUGUGAGGCCAGGAUGCUAGACUGGGUGGCCCCUGGCCUGACGCAGCAGGUUAUUCUUACGUUCUCAUGCAGAUGUCCCGAAAGACUCUUCAGGGAAAAGGAGAUUAAGGAGAAGAAACCACUUAAGAAGUGGCCUAUUCGAUCAGGCCAGAGGCCUAUCCCUAACCCUAGAAUUGUAGAGUUGGAAAGGACCCCGAGACUCAUCUAGUCCAGCUGCUUGCAAUGAGUGAAUCCUGCCCACAGCUGUCCAACAUCCUGUUCUCCAGUAUACCUGAAGGAGCGUCUCCACCCUCAUUGCCAGACACUGAGGUCCUCCUCCAAAGGUCUUCUGCUAGUUCCCUCACUGCGAGAAGUGAAACUCCAGGGAACCAGGAAGAGGGCCUUCUUGGUGGUGGUGCCCUCCCUGAGGAACACCCUCCCUUCAGAUGUCAAGGAGAUAAACAACUACAGUGGUACCUCUGGUUGCGAACGGGAUCUGUUCCAGAGGCCCGUUCGCAACAUGAAAAGAGCGCAACCUGAAGCGCAGUAUCUGCGCAGGUACGUGGCACGAUUUAGCGCUUCUGCACAUGUGGCAAAACCAGGAAGUAACCCUUUCCGGUACUUCCAGGUCACUGUGGGACGUAACCUGAAAGAACGUAACAUGAAGCAAACGUAACAUGAAGUAUGACUGUAUCUGACUUUUACAAGACAUCUGAAGGCAGUCCUGUAUCAGGAAGUUUUUAAUCUUUGGUGUUUUACUGUGCUUAAUGUUUUAAUUUGUUGGAAGCUGCCCAGAAUGGCUGGGGCAGACCAGGCAGAUGGACGGAACACCAACAACAACGGUUGCAGCUCCUACUUAUUCCUUAAGGAAAACGGCCCUUCUAAAUUUUUGCCUCAUUCCUUUCCUAAUUCCUUUCUUAUUUCCGUCUUUGCCAGGAGGGGGAGAUGCUCCCUAACAUGAAUCAAGGCAGAUGCCUAGUUGGUCGGUUUGUCUGCUUAGCAGAAAAUAAUUAACUGGACCGUGAUAGCAAAAUCCAAAUCUAAAUUUUUAAAAAAGCCCUCUUGCUUGCCUUUCUGCAAAGGCAACCCUUGCCAGCGAUUUGAUCUGAAGAUCCGGCUGCCAACUUCCAGCGGGAGCCCUAACCCUGUCUACUCGGAAGUCAAUCCUAUUGAACUCAAUGGGGCUUACUCCCAAUUACACAGGAACACAGGAUUCUCCCACGAAGGCUGUAGCUCAGUGGCAGAGCCCCUGCUUUGCUUGCAGAAAGUCCCAGGCAGGGGAAAGACCCUGGAGGGCUGCUGCCAGUCAGUGUCAGCAAUACUGACCUAGAUGCAUCAAUGGUCUGACUCAGUACAGUGCAAAUUCAUUUGUACUCCACUGGAGUACAAAACCUCCAUUGCCUGGUAGGUUUUGUCCGUGGAAAAAGAGGGUUCUCCCAGGGACCCCUGUAUUCAGAUGGGGUUCAGUCACAUCCCAGCAAAUUCAGGUCAUGUGCAGUUACAGCCUUGUGCAACCAGCCUGCUUCCCAUAAAAAAAAAGAAGAAGAAGAGACUUUCUUGCCAUAAGGAAAAAGAUGGGACGAUUCCCUGGAAAAGAGUGGGGUGAGACUUGCUUUGACGCAACAUCUUAAUUUCCUGGCAAGCACAUCAGGACAAACGCUCAAUAAACAGGUAAUCUGGAAGCUCCUAAAUGCGACAUUAAAAUGAUAAGUCGGGCAUCUGUUUCCCAGUAGCACCAGUCUGAAGCUUCACCUCUUCUGGUUUGGUUUGGUUUGGUUUUGGAAGGAUGGCACAGAACGCCUCGUGGCCUCAGCACUCCUGAUUCCUCCUGCCCUGCCCUGUAUUUCAGCCUGUGAUGAAGAGACCUUUUGCAUUAUUUUAGCUAAAGAUUCCACCCUGUUCCAAGACAUUUUGGCACCGGACGUGCAUAAUAAAAUGGUUUCCCCCUUCCCUGCCAGGGGAGAAAGGGCGAGUGAAGAUCUGUGUCAGAAACAAGGGGGAAUGAACAUCUACACUGGGAUCGGCUGCCCCUGUGGAUCGUGAUGCCUGAGGCAGUCGCCUCACCUUGCCUCAUGGGUGGGCCAGCCCCAUCCAGUUGUUUGUAUACUUGUGGGCCUUGCAGAUAAAUCGAUUUCCCUCUUCUGUCGUGAGACCACCAAAGGACGCUUUGCUGCAGCCAAACCGGAGGGGGGGGAAAAACCAUACACAGUUACACACAGGGUACAAAGCUAAUCCUCACCAUCUCUAUCCAAAGCUCCUUCCUUUAAUUGAUCCCUUUAUGUUGCAAGUCUUUUAUUUCUGUUGUUUUAGCAUCGUGAUACUGCGGCCUCCUGGAGGGCUUCUCAGAAACCGAACUCGAGUCUUCGAUGUUGUUGUUUGUCAGCUAUUUCCCCCCUUCUUUUUCCUUUUCUUUCCAUAGACGUCAAUCUGGAUUUAUGCUGACGGGAUGGAACGGACGGCAAAGCAGGACGGAUGGAAACGAAAAGGGAUUUGCUCCUUUCCUGACGGAUUGUGCCUCGUGCUCUCCAGGGAUGGCCUCGUUGUAACAAUAUCGGCCAGGCUAACGUUGACUUGAAUGGCCUGAUGGAUGAUUCGGAUUAUUUCCUGUGUGUGUGCGGAGCUGAAAAAUGUGUGUGUGAGUUCACCAAACAAAUAAAUGCAGUCUGGCCAGCGGCCCCCCACCCCUUUUCCCGGAUGCCAGUUAAUGACAGCUUGUGUAUUAAACCACACAUUGGACUGCACAAGUCUUGAUGAUCUGCUGGGACCCUCUUCAACACAACAGAUCCCCUUAUAUUUAUGGUGCAUAUCCUUAUGGAAAAAUAAACAUACUCCCUUACCCGCCAAGCAAAUGUGGUUAA